AUCCAAGUAAAUUAUUUAUUUAUUGAACUAAAUCUGAAUAUCAGUUAAUUGUAAAUAAAAGACCUAAGCUAUUUACAAAGAAUAUAAACUAUGCAUUAAAAUUGUCAAUAAAAAUCAAUGCUUAAACACGAAGUUUUAAAAAUUUGCUAAUGUGCCAGUCUUGUUUACCAAAAUUAACCAAAAACCUACAAAGAAAAAUUAUGUUUGGUUCAAUGAUUUAUUAGUUAAAGCAUUCCCGUGGUUUUGUGUCAGCAAUUUUAAUGUAAUAAGAAAAAAAUAAGAAAAAUUCUCUCACAAGAAUUUAUUUUCUCUUUGGGCUAGAUGUCAUGUGUGUGUGCGUGCGCACACGCGUAUUUGGAAUCUGGAAUUUUUUACUAAUAAAAGCAUUAAUAUCUUCUCUGGGAUGCACUUUGCUCAGUUAUGAGAAUUACAACCAUUAAAUUGAUAUUUUCUUUUUACCAAUUAAAUGAAAAACAAUAUUGUUCCUGUAAAUCUUUUUGUAGCCAGAAUAGGUAAAGGUAUUGAAAAAGAAUAUCACUUCAAACAAUUCACAAAUGUGUGCAGAUAUGGCCCAAGUUGGUGGGGCUGAACUAGGUCCACAUUUGAUUCAAUACCGAUCUAAGCAGAAGGUAAAUGCUAUGGUCACUCAACCCAACAUAGGCAAGCCACUGGGCCAUGGCCAUAGCCAGGAUUUUUGUUGGGGGGGGGCAGGACUUUUGUUGGUGGGGGGAGGGGCAGAAACGACCUGAUUGGUCAGUUAGUUUAGUAUUUCUAUUGUUUUACUUGAACUGGGCUCAGGGCAAGGGGCACACUUUGUUAAUAUGGCAACAUCUGGAGGGCCAAGUCUUUCCCACACCUGUUUUCAAGCUACAUAUUUGAGUUAUACAAUGUGGGAGCAUUAGAGUCUAACAAAGCUUUUUGUUUAAUUAAAAAGAGUAUCACUUCAAACAAUUCACAAACAUGUAUAGACAUGGACUUAAUCAGCUCUUAAUUAAAUUUGCAAAAAUUAGGUAAAACCAAUAGUAACGGAACAAGAAACAUUCUUUGUUUUUCAAAUGAAGCAACUGUUUCCUAGCAAGCAUCAUCUUCGGAGAGGCAUCUGCCCUACCUGAGCGAAAAGAUGGGAUGAUUCCCUUUAAAGAUGGUGCUAGCUAUCUGCAAUUUUUAUAUGUGCUUAUAGAAGUGCAAAGUUUUCCCCACCGCAAAAUAUUGCCCCUUAGUACAUCAAGGCCUGCAGUUGCUUUGGCUGGAUCAGAUCCAUGGCGCCUUGCACGUUGAGGAAUUGAGUGCCCCUUGCAUCAGAAGUGCUUCUCUAGGGAAUACACCUGGAUCCCUGACAAGAAAUUUGCAACAAUUCUGCAACAACAUCAUGCAAAACCCGUAAACCCUGGAAGGGGGGAAAACCACUUUGUUUCCUGUUGGCAUCUUAUCCAAUGACAGUCGCUUGAGCUUUUGCUACUACCUUACCAACUUUCCCAUAUUAGCACCUCCCCACCCCCACAAUAAUAUUGGAAAGAUUCUGCUAUGUAGGGAGAGUUUGUCACCUUCCUGACUCUGCCAAUGGCAGCACUCGCUUCCUGUUCACAGCUUCAUAUGGACAGAGCUUAAUGGGAGAGAGAACUCAUCAGAAAGAAUUCCACCCCAAGAACGCACCCAGCCUUUGCCAACCCAGGGCCCCCUCCAAAUAUGUUUUGGGACACAACAGUAGCAGCAUAGCUGUGCUGAUGGGAGCUGUAAUCCACAACAUCUGGCGGGCACCAGGUUGGCAAAGGCCUUGGAACAUCACUUUUGAAUGCAUACAGACUAUUGUUUCUUCACCACCACACAGGUUUUGUUAAAAUAAUUAGAUUGAAGAAAUUCCAGGCCGGCUUUGUGCCUUACCAUUCCAUUUCUUUUUCUAAAGAACGAAAUUACCGUUCCUUAGCAAUGCCUCCUGGUUCAAGUCAGGGCUGGCAUCAGAGGCGGCCACUACCGGCCAACUACCAAGGCCUCUUCAGGAUCUCAUUGGUGCCAGCCCCUGACUAGCUACCACUGAAGAGCAGGUGAUGUCACUGCCAGUGGAGCACACCCUGGGUCUUUUUGGCCUCCUCUGGGAUGCGCUGCUGUUACCUACACAGCAUCACCUUCCCUCCUCCUCCUCUUCAUCCAAAAAAAACCAGACAAGCGAGUGCCACUACAAAGUAGCUGCCCCCUCCACUCACUUGUCUGUCCUCUUCUUCUCUGAGCAGCAGUAAGGCAGGGUCCAGCACUGCCACCAAGGAGUGGGUAAGUGAGCAAAUGUGGGCUCCUCCGUCAGGCGAGUGAGCAACACUGGUAGGAAGUACCUCUGCCCAGUCCCUCUGGGUGUUGCAGUGGAAUGUUGGACCUGCUGGGUCCAGUCCCAAUUGACAUGCCACUGGGAGUGGUGGGUGGGUGGGCAGAUAGCAAGACAGUGAGCAACCACAGCCAUUCUCUCUGGUUUGGCGUGUCCAGUCCCAACUGUUGCACCACAGGUAACACAGCUGUGCCUUCUUUUGUGCAUGGGUGCUUCCAUUUGGUUCAAUUUUCGGCAUUUCCAGGUGUGUUGAAGAGAAGUGCCUAUCUGAAACCCUGGGGAGCUGCUGCCAGUGCAGACCUUCCUGCCAAAGAUGAGCCAAUGGACCUGCUCUUUGGCCCCCACUCACUGUCCCCCUAAUUCUGGCCACAGCAGGUUGGGGACCCCCCCUCCACCUCGGACCCCUGGGCCUGAGGAGCAGUAGUCACCACUUCUCUAGGUCCAGCAAGCAAGUGAAGGUUCCCUGCCCCUGGUGGAGAACUGAAGGAGUCAGGACAGAGGCGGGCAGAUUAGGGAUGGAUGCAAAAAAGUCCCCGGUUCGAUCUCCAGGUAGGGCUGGGAGAACCUUGCGCAGGAACCAUUGCAGAGCCGCUGCCAGCCAGUGCAGGGAGCACAGCGCAAGGUAGGUCAAUGGCCUGACCCUGCGGCAGCACCUCGGCCACGCGCAUUAUUCCCAUGGGCCACGCUGCGUCCACUCCUCUUGGCCACAGAAGAGCCAUGGGACAGCCUCGACGGCCCCUCACUUCCCCCAGCCCCAGUCCAUUUGCAGAGCAGAUGCCCGUGCCACCUCGCCCCUCAGCGCCCUUCACGGCACACGGCGCGCCAAACACGCGCGCGCGCCCUCCCUCCCACACAAGGGCCUCGCGUGGCCCCGUGGGCAUUCCGCCCCCCGCGCCGCCUCCUCCUGGCCCGACAGGCGCAAACUGCCUCGCUCCGGCCAGCUCCACACGGGUGCCGCCGAGGGUGGGUGGGACGCGGGGCUGGCCGGCGGGCGGGGCAGCGGCGCCGUGAGCCCUGGGAGGCGGCGCCUGUCCCUAGACGGGCCGGGCGGGGGAGUUCAUGCCACUAGACGGGAAGAGUUUCUCCUGCUGCCGAGUUGACAGCGCCAGGUCAGUGUGUGAGCCGGAGAGGCAGCCAGAGCCUCUGGCGGCGCGGCGGGAAGCGGGUGGAUGGACGGGAGGGCGGCGUUGCCCGCCUGCCUGCCUGCCGAGGGGCUGCGUCUGGCGGCGGCGUGACGCUGCAGGGAAUUCCCGCCCGAUCCGUGGGGGCGCGUGCCUGGGGUCUGUAGAGGGACGGAGGGAGGCUGCGCGUCGCGAAGGGCUUGUGGGGCUGAGACGGGCACGAGGGGACAGCGGCAUCCCUGUGGGGCGCCAGGACACCUGGCUUGUGGGUUGAGAGAGCGGGGAAUGGGAAGGCGGGCUGUCUAUAUACUGAAUGGUCGUCUGGGAGAGCAGAACUCACUUGCUCUCAGAAAGUUUUGUAGGGAAUGAGCUAGAGACUGAGGUUUCCGAGGGGUGGGCUGGGGGGUUGAAAGGAGCAGGUAUGGUUGGGGUCGGGGGCCACUAGGGAAUCACUUACAUGACCUCCAGAAGUAGACCCUGAACUCAUUUAGUGUGAAGAAGUCUGUGUGUUUCUAGGCAGAGUGUUGAGUGUGUUUUUGCCUGUGCCAUGCGCACAUCUACCACCUAUGGGCAUAGCCAAGGGGAGGCAGGGGGAAGCUGUCCCCCCCCCAAAAAAAUCAAGUAAAUUAAUAAAAAUGCUUAACGAACUGAGGUUCUGCCACCCCCUAACAUGAAGCCUGCCCCCCAACAUAUCCUGGCUACGCCUAUGCUACCACCUAUUAAAUAAUGGUUAAUUACAGGUUAAAGAAAUCCAAUGGGAUAGAAUCUAGAUACAGAUAAAAAGGGGAGAGGUGAUGGCAAAAGAUUUACUGGCAAGUACUGCCUUCGUGAAAUGGGGGGGAAUAAAAUCUCCCAGACCUCUAUUGGUGAGGGGCACAUGUGGCCUGCCUUUGCAUCUUCCUCAUGCUGUAAUGGGAAUGAGAACGCAUUCUUGAUAGGAAUUCUGUCUGUGAUCCUUACAGAACUCUGUGGUUUACGUUCAUCAUGUGGAAGAAAGGGCUAUAUAAAUACAUAUAUGUGCUCUUUGGAGGUGAUGCAUUAAGUGGGCUUUCGUUUGUCUAUGCCGCAGGUGGAUAUGCCCAUAAUGCAGGACAGUUUGUUUGCAGAAACUUGUCCACCGUUGCUACAUCUGGGAUGCUAAAAACUCAGAGGGCACCUCUUCUACCUGUGGUGCUAAUGAAUGUGUUUAGUCAAGAUGAUGAGAAAGGGAGAAAGUUUGUUUCCUCAUUUAGCUGAAACUUCUGGUGGAUUUUUUUUUAAAAUCAUAAUUUUUCUCUUUGCUUUCCGAACCACAGCAAGGAGCAUGAGCGAGGUUCCAAGUAUAAUCCUGCCACAACAGAGAUUAUACAUUGUGAAAUAGAUGAUGCCUUGGUGUCAUAUCCCAAAUCUGCAGGCGUGUUUUGUAAGUUUCCCACUGUCAUUUCUCCCUAGGGCAGUAUACACUAUAGACUGCAAGUUCCUGUUAGUGUUGUAACUUUGAGGCAAUAUGUGUGAGUUAUGAUCCACCGUGGUAACAAGGUCAUGAUUUAAUAUUGUACUGCUGUGGCAGAGGACCAGUUUCUUCUCCUUGCAUUAUUGUGAUAUGGUGAGGAAACUGUUCUUUUCCUGGAGCCUGGAGCCCCUCAUGUAAAAACUGUAAUUGCUCUUGAUGGCAGCUUCUGAAAAAUCAGAUAGCUUUACAUAUAGGGUUGUUAAUGAAAAAUUAUACUCUUGAAAUUUCCUGUCCUUAUCCCUACAAGAGUUGUGACAAUGGAUGACAUAACAACUGCUGUUCAGAAACAUAUGGCUUGCAACUGGUGUUAGAGAAGACCUACUUAAAUUAACAAACAUGACUUAAGUUGGGGCUAUACGUUUCUGUUGGUAAUUUCUACUCUGAAAUUACCUAGGUUGGAUACCAUCUGAACACCUUUUCAAAUAAUAAAUUUGGAAUUUAACAAAGUCUUUAAAAAAAAGAAGAUAUGUGCAACGCAGCAUUCUGGGGAAGGAAGAGUUUAGGGUGCAGUGAUAUCAACAGAGCUAUGCUCACGUUAAUUUGUGAAUCACCUAUUUAAUGUGAGCUGUCAAAGUGAUCAUUACACCACAGACUGGCUGUCUUGGGCUGAGACUGUUUCCCCUUGUGAAGCUAAAAAAACACAGUUGAAAAACUCUCCCACCAGUUGUGUCAUGUGUGAAAGUUCUUAAUGUGAGCGAGAGCAUGAAAAAGGAAAUUGAACAUAAAAUUGCAGCCAAUGUUAUCGCCAUGUUAUUGACAAGUGAGUGAAAAUGGGUUUAUUGUUGAUAGCCAGUAUAUCCUACUGUUUGUUCCCACGCUGGAACAUUAUUCUUAAGGUAUGUCUCAUGUGAGCUUUUCAAGACUUUUCAAAAAGUUCCAUAGCAGCUCUGUUGCAUAGAUAGGGUAUAGAUACUCUACACAAAUGUAUGUUCCAUUAUAUCCACAAAGUUGUUUGUGAAAAAUGGGGGCAUGUGUCCACACUGAAAUCAAUUUAAUUACAAAGUUAAGGCAAUCCCUUGGUUCCUAUGUAAGCUGUGGCAUAAUAAACAUUUGUACCCUUUUUUAUACAUGAAAGCAGAGGGGUGGGGUUUUUUUUUGCAUUUUUUCUAUACUUAGGCUGCAAUCCUAUACUUACAUGGAAACAAGUCCCAUCUCACUUAAUGGCACUUAUUUCUGAGUAGACAUGUAUAAGAUUAUCUGUUCACAUGAAAAAUGCUGUGUGCAAACUGAGCCACAGAAAUACAUAUCUUGCAGUAAAUUUGAUUCAAACACUCUAAUCCAAAAUUCACUUAUAGCUCAGUUUGGUUCAUGUUUAGUCAGAAGUAUCCUGAGCUAAGUAUGCAUAGGAUGGCAGUUCUGGGAUAAGUAUAUUGACUUUCAAAUUGAAUUUCUCAGUAAGUUUGCUGAAGAUCACCGUUCUAGAUAACUAACUCAGAAUUAUCCAAUCUUUAUACCUACAACAGUUAAGCUUAGCUGCAGAGGGCUAAGUCAUGGUUUGGCUUGGCAUUACACUGGAGCCAAGGCUUACAGUUUGUUUCCUCCAAACAAACCAUAAGCAGUAAGCAAAGAACAAAGUUUAGCAGCCUGUUUAGUUUGGAAAGAAACAAACUGUACACACAUAAAACUAAAUCAAACCAUGGCUUUAACUCUCAGCAGUGUGGCAGCAGGAGUAGGAGAGGAAAGAAGCACUCACAAUUUUUUGCUCCAUGUACCAGUACAUUGUACAUUCACCAUUAAACCAUAAUUUAACUGUGGUUUAAAGUGACCUGUGGACCAGCAUUCAUUCUGUUGAUUUCAGAGGCUCAAUCUGUGAGACUCUACACUUUUUGACUUGCAAAAAUUGAUCAGUCCCAUUGACUGAUAUGUGGGUGUGCCCUGGCCAGAUGAUAACAUUUGCUUCUGUGCUGAUGCAUGCCUGCUUUCCUUCCAGCUCUAUGAUUCUAUGAUUUGACAAGCUCACUCCCUCAAGCAUCUACACCUUUUGCACUAAUUCAGCAAAGUACACACAACUGAACACACAUACACUCUGAAAGUACAAUAAUUGUUUUUGCUGUUGUUUCAAUAGCAGUUUUCAUUGUACAAACUGUUUUAAGAUGGUAACUGAAGUGGUUUAUCAGAAUGAACUGAGUGGACUUUGCAGUAGUACCCAUUACCUAAGCUACUCGUGUCAAGGGCUAGUAUUGCUUCCUUGAAACUUCUUUGCACUUUCUCAAGUCACAAAGUUUCCAUCACAGAUUGAGUUAAAGAGAUGUUACUGCAACUUUUACUUCUGCACCUUGAGAUAUGUAGACACGGUUUGAAAAAUGAAUUAUCAUUGGAAUUAAUUGCUACUGCAGGAAUUAGGAAGUAAUCAACUAAUAUAGUCUCACAAAGUACCCCAAAGUAUGGCACACUACAUCCUCCCGAUUAUUAUCAUUAUUAUUAUUAUUAAAAAGUGGCCGCAGCCCAGAAAUGCACAGGGGACGAUAUAUGUUUUGUGUUGAAACAGAGACUUCCAUCCCACCAUCACCAUCAAAAGCUUUUUUUGUUUCUUUCUUUUUUUUCUGUGUGGCAUUAAAAAGCAGCUUCUGGUGUGAUCCUGAAGGCUUUCUCUUAGGAGAAAGGAAAUAAAAUCUGCAGCGCAUGCUUGUAAUCCUUUGGACACAUGCAAAGGGACUGACAGGAGUGAAGUAUUUAUCUCCUCCACAUACAUAAAAAAAACCUUUGGAAUAGAAGAUAAUAGUUUCACAACAAUCAGAAAUCUAGGGGAGAUUUGCACAGUCAUUUAAUGUGCCAAAGUCAAUGUUAUUAGGGGCUUUCCCUCAACAGACAUAUGGGUCAGUGGCCACAAACAUUUAUUUCCUAUAAUAUGCAUAGAAAUCAUCUGCUGCAAAAAAAGGCUGAUAUUUGUAAAUGACAAUUGUGCCUGUAUGCACACUGAGUAAUAAGGGCAAAUAGCAAAUUUGGUAUGGGCAAUUUCACACUGAUGCAAAGGAAUAAUGGCUUCCAAUAUUGUGAACCUAUGUUUCUAAGGUUAGAAUACUAUGCUUAUCUACUGCCCCACACAUACUUGAACCAUUUGCAGUACCAUGAAGACACAGGAAAUAGUAGUAGUAGUUGUUAUUAUUAAUUAUUAUUAUUAUUAUUAGUAGUAGUAGUAUUAUUAUUAUUAUUAAUGAAGAUGUCUGUGACUGAACAAUUUUAUAGCCUUACAGGAACUGCUAUGUGUAGAUGCUAUUAGAGAAUGUACAGUGUGAAGCUGCACCACAGCAUUCUACUUUGCCAGCAAGCCUGCAUUGUUUUGUGAGACGCAAUAGUGUGUGUCAGUGUGUAAGAGCCUUUUGAAGGGUUAACACCCCAUCAGUCUUUUUCAGCUAGAUAAAACAUCUGGCUCAUAGAAUCACAGAGUUGGAAAGGACCCCGAGAUUUCAUUCUAGUCCAAUGCAGGAAUCUUUUCCCCAACGUGGGGGCUUGAACACACAACCCAGUGAUUAAGAGUCUAAGGCUCUACCAGCUGAGCUACUUGACUCAUUAGACUCAUGAACUCCUAAAAUCAAUCGAUGGACUGGUGAUGGUCCACAGACAUGCCGAAGCCACCUCUUUUCCUCAUGACUAAGCAUAUCAUCUGCAUACCAGGCAGUCUUUACAGAGCCAGGACAAAGUCUAUGAAUUCAAUACUACAAAUCCCAAAGUCCCAUCUUACUGAACAACAAGUCAUUUACUUGCUACAUUGCUGGUUGAUAAUUAGCAAUGUUUUUUUUAAAAAAAAGGAGAAGAAAGCUUUGGUCCAUCUAUUCAUUAUUGUAACAGUAUUGGGGUUUGGUUUUUUUAGCAUAGCAAAACUAUCACAGGUAGAAAGAUAAAUCUGAGUUGAAACUAAGGAAUGAUUCACACUGGCGUGCCUAUCACACAAACACACACUGCUGCAGGCCAGCAUAUGAGCAGUUUCCAUUGAAAGGACUUGUGUCUGAGGUGAUGUGAAUAUUCUGGCUGUGAUGUUUAAAUCUGCGAUAAGCUGUCUCGCAUCAGGUUUUGUUUUUCUGUCGAAAUAAAUAUAUUUUGAAUAAAUACAUUUGUACUCUACUUUGGCAUCCAUGGUGACAGUGCUAUGUGAGUUAUGUUAAUUUCAGGGGGGAAAGAAAUUCAGAUUAGCCAUGGCCUGCGGCUUAUUGUAUCUUCUGAUCUAGCCCUCAGAGAUGAACUCGGUUGUCCAUUGCUGUAAUAGGGGUUUCAAGAAUAGGAUUGGAUGCAGGCUCCCUCCCCCCCCCCCGCCACACCUCACAGCACACGCACGUCCCUGAUGUGGCGUGUCCGAGUUUCAUAGGGCCGGUGAUAUGACCAGCCCUGAGAUUCUUCCUCCAGACCAAAUGCAGUUUUCUAGCCACAGAGCAACUACUGGAAGCUGCGCUGAGGAACAAGUGAGGUGGGGAGGGGUGGCUUAACCCUUUCACUCUCUGCAGUCUGACCGCUUCACAUGCCCCUUCAACCACUUUCCCACUCAUGGGGAAAAGGUUUCUGAGGACCCUGUCACCCCCCCCCUUCCAGGUGGUGAGCAAAACAGCUUGUGGGUGGGGGUUGUAGAAUUUGGAGAAGUGGAGAAGUGAAGGCUCCCCCCACUCCCUGUUCCAACCUCCUAUGACUGUGUUUUGUUUUGUUGUUGUGUUUUGUUGUUGUUUUUAUUUGUUUUGUUUUGUUUUUAAAUGGGGAUAUCAUAUAAGUUGCUGUUUUAUGUAGUUUGAUGCAUAGUUGGAGACAGAAGUCUGUGUGCAUUCUGGUUCUGCAAAAGUUCAAAAAUCACAGGAAAGUAAUGCAUUUCCAUUUUAAUGUGCAUCCAUCAAAGGUGCCAGUCUCUUAUCAUGGCCCCGUCCUGCUGCUUUAUACAGUGGUACCUCGGGUUAAGUACUUAAUUCAUUCCGGAGGUCCGUUCUUAACCUGAAACUGUUCUUAACCUGAAGCACCACUUUAGCUAAUGGGGCCUCCUGCUGCCGUUGCGCCGCCGGAACACGAUUUCUGUUCUCAUCCUGAAGCAAAGUUCUUAACCCAAGGUACUAUUUCUGGGUUAGCAGUGUCUGUAACCUGAAGCGUAUGUAACCUGAAGCAUAUGUAACCCGAGGUACCACUGUAUAUCUGUUGCUGUUCCUGAGUAUUCUAUGCACCCCGUCUGUCCUUCCUUCCUUACUAUGACCCAAACCAAAAGUUGUUUUUCUUUUGUUUUGUUUUAAAUCCCUCCUGUAUAUCUAUUUAAAUUAUUCUGAUUGAAUUAUGGUAAGCAAUAUUCUUAAUAUUUAGAUACUCUGAAAUAUUUUCAGUGAGGAAUCUAUGUUUUCAUGUUGUAUUAUUUGGUGUUUGGCGGGGGUGGCGGCGAUUCUAGACAGGAAUACAGCUUUGGAGAGUGAGUAAUAUUUAGAUUAAUGUAUGUAACACAUUUGCAGGUUAGAAUAGUUUCUGCUGUCUGUUGGUCAUCAAACCACUGUCUUGUUGUAGCAGAGUGGUCAAAUAUAUUCAUAGGUGUGGAGGAUUGUAAAAUAAGUUUUCUCAUGCUGUUUUACAGCUCAGCAGUGAUGAUAACAAAUUGCCUGAGGAUCUGGGAUUCCUUUAUUCUUUCUCAUGUCUGAGUGGGAUAACUGUAGGUUUCUCUUGAUCUUCAUUCCUGUUGAACAGGAAAAUAUUCAGCCAUGGUUCUUCCAGCUAUAUUUCUCUGAAUGCAUCUUUUAAAACCCAUUAGAAACUGUUGAAAAUAAAAACUUGUUCCUAGAUAACUGGAGAAUUAAGUAAUGAAGCUUUUCCUAAACUAUGUCAUUUCAGCUUAGUUCAGUUCACAUACAAGUUGAAUGCCACUGUGUUUGUUUGUUUGUUUGUUUUAAACCUCACUGCACAAACAAAAGGAACCUCUCAGGGCUUCAUCCAGAUACGGCAUUUUUCUAUCUGCAGGGAGGUGGGGUGAUUUUAAAAAUAAUAAUAGAUGGUCCAGUGAGAGCUGGACUAUAAAGAAGGCUGAUCACCAAAGAAUUGAUGCUUUUGAUUGAUUGAUUGAUUGAUGAUUGAUUGAUUGAUUGAUUGAUGCUGGAGGAGACUCUUGAGAAUCCCAUGGACUGCAAGAAGAUCAAACCUAUCCAUUCUUAAGGAAAUCAGCCACAUCAUAAGAAGAGAAGACUCUCUGGAAAAGACCCUGAUGCUGGGAAAGAUUGAGGGCACUGAGAGUCAGUGUGGCGUAGUGGUUAAGAGCAGUGGACUCGUAAUCUGGUGAACCAGGUUCGAUUCCCUGCUCCUCCACAUGCAGCUGCUGGGUGACCUUGGGCUAGUCACACUUCUCUGAAGUCUCUCAGCCUCAUUCACCUCACAGAGUGUUUGUUGUGGGGGAGGAAGGGAAAGGAGAUUGUUAGCCGCUUUGAGACUCCUUAGGGUAGUGAUAAAGCGGGAUAUAGAAUCCAAACUCUUCUUCUUCCAAAGUGGUAACACUUCACUUCCAGCUAUAUAUACUAGAAAGCAGAUACAGUAGAGAAAUACUGAACUACUGAACAAAAUUGUAGGAUUUUGGAGUGAAUGCACUUCCUGCUUGGCUUUGAAGUGAGCACCACACCAAUGCUAUCAGGAGCUGACUUACAUACUGAAUCAGAGUAUUUAUUAGUUGACCUCAGUAUUCUGACAGGUACUCUUCAGGGACUCAGGCAGAGAUCAUUCCCAGCUCUGGUCCUUGAAAUGCGUGCGUUGGAGCCUUAUGCAUGCAAAAUAUGUGCUUUUGUCAAUGUACUGCACUUAAUUUUUUUUUUCCUCAGGGAAAGGCUUUCUUAUGUCACAGUGCUGCAGUGGGACAGUUACUCUCCAAAAAUGUAGAUUACCCCUGCUAUAGGGUAUAUAAAUGUUGGGUAGGACUUCUUUAAGCACCUUGGCAGUGAGAUGUGGGUUUUUUUCUUUUUCUUUUUGAACAUAUGAUAUUCUGUAGCUUCUUGAAUAUUCCAUAUAUAUGCUAAAUUAUCAUUUCAAAUAAUGCUUUUUGGGUCCUUUUUGCAUCAAAAUUGUGAGAGAGAUUCGGAUCUUAAUAAUACAAGGCUGUUUGUUACUUCAAGCCAGGUGAUAUGAAAAGAAAAAUGUUAAUUACAGGCUUUUGUAACUGGCUGAUAAUCGAAGCAGUGAUGGUCAGAAGAACAGGUUUUACAGCACAAGCACUUUGAUUAUCUGUAUUAGGAGCUUAAGGAAAAGGUGACACACAUUUUCUAAUAUUUAUUUGCACAAGACCCUCCCUCCCCAUGGCAGUUAUUUCUUUUUGGAAGUCUACAGUGAGAGGGAGCUAGCUAAGCUCAAACCUUAUUGAAAUGACCCCCAGGGUCCCUUCCAACUUUAUAUACUAUGAUUCUAUGAACAGAACUUAAGUUUUUGAUUGAUUGCCAGGCUUGCUACUCCAGCAAAAUAAGGACUUAGUACUUAACUGCUACAGUUGUUGGAUGACACAAACCAGCAGUGCGGCCAGAUACUGUGGACCUUAUUUGUAGGACUAGGUUGUUAAAAGUUAACACUUGGGUCACUCUACCAACUAUGAGGUCCUGGGUUUUGUGUUUGAUUGUUAGUUUCUCUUAGUGUGAGUACAACCAGUGAAGGGUUUCUAAGGCUGUAUCUUAUGAAACAUCAAACACAUGCAUGUAGAUUCUGAACCCAUCAACGGUAAAAGUUGAUAUCCUUUUUCCAAUAACAACCAGUGAGUCCCAGAACAAUUAGUGAGCCUUGCUCAUGAGUAUAAUAAGCAUAAGACCGGAAGUUCAUACUGUGUUUUUAAAAGCAGAGUUCCGUCCUUCCAAGAAUCUCUUAAGAUAAAACUUUAUUAUUCAUUCUUCAGUAUGAUCCUGCUGUUCCUGCAUGGAUUGAGGAUGAAAACUGAGACAAGACCUGACAUAUUUUGAAAUAAUUAUUCUGGCCAGAACACCAGUCUUUCAUAACUCAGAAAUCCACACCGAUAACAACAUUUAUUUAUUUACUUAUUUAUUGUUAUGAAUCAUGUUCCGCAUUUUAAAGUACAUGAGAAAAUAUGCAGUAAAAACACCAAGAACAAAAAACACUUAAGUUCCAAAAUAUAGGAACAGCUGCCUUCCAUGCUGGCCAUGGGCUAAUUAUUAUCUGUCAGUCUUGAGUGAGCCCAGAGAUUUCAGCUGCUGAUGGCUAUAUGAUGCUGAGUGGGUUGUGUACUACUUAAUGUGAUAACUGACUGCUUGAUAGUGCUGGUAGUCAAUAUAUCAACCACAUAUUUCAUGAAAUUACCUCUGGUUGCUAAUCUUUCUCCCCGCCUUAUCCUUUUGUGAGGCAUCUGGGAAAACCUGAGUACAUUCAAACCUUUAUAACUAAAAUGCAUACACCUUCAUCACUUUGAUUUGCUGUGCAAUACUAUGCAUGUCUUCUUGGAUAUAAAUCUCACUGAGUUCAGUGGGGUUUACUUCCAAGUAAGUGUAUUAGAGCUGGGCUAUCUUCCAUUAUCCUUUACUUUUUUGGGUUAGGUUAGGCACCAUGUUCCUCUACUAUUUUAUAUCACCAGAUUGGAAAGAAAGAAAGCUAGCGAUCCUCACAAUGAAUUUAAAAUAUUCCCCCAAUAUUCAGUUUUUUCUGUUAGUUCAGUCCAACCUGGUUGUUGAAUUCCUGUCUGGCAGUAACUCUUUUCGUUGGUGAUGAUGUUCUGGUUUAAUAUAAUCAUAACUACUUUGAAAUAUUGAUUACACCUGAAAAACAGUAUAUAAGUGAAAUAAAACACAUGGAAGAUAUACUCAUAAAUGCAUAAUGAUCUAUGUAUUUGUGUUCUAUAAUUCACAUCCAUUUUAUUAUGCUGUGCUGCCAAUACUUUCUCUUUGAAACCCGUCAUCCUGAUCUUUUUUAAAACUCUUUUUGAUCACUAUUAUUAUUAUUAUUUUCAUUUCUAUACCACUUUAUAUUUUAAAGAAAAAUCUUAAGGUGGUUUACAACACACGAAAACAUCAAAUAAAACAAUCCAGAAUAAAAGAAAUUCACUCUUCAAGGAAUAUAUUUCAGAUCCUUCUCCAAGUAACAUUUUGCUUUCCCCAUAUUUAUUUAUCUACAGUGGUGCCCCACAAGAUGAAUGCCUCGCAAGACGGAAAACCCGCUAGACAAAAGGGUUUUCCAUUUUUCGAUGCGCUUCGCAGGACGAAUUUCCCUAUGGGCUUGCUUCGCAAGAUGAAAAUGUCUUGCGAGUCUUGAUAUUUUUUUUCGCUCCCCCCCCUUUUUCUAAGCCGCUAAGCCUUUAAUAGCCUUUUAGCAGCUAAGCCGCUAAGCCUUUAAUAGCCGCUAAACCGCUAAUAGCACUAAGCCGCUAAUAGGGUUGCUUCGCAAGACGAAAAACCGCUAGACGAAGAGACUCGCGGAACGGAUUAAUUUCGUCUUGCGAGGCACCACUGUACUUAGUUUAGCUCAUGGCAUAACAGAAAUAAUCUAGGAAGCCAAUGUGGUGCAUAGCUGUCAAUGUUUCCCUUUCUAAAAGGGAAAUUCCCUUAUUCCGAAUAGGAUUCCUCGCAAGAAAAGGGAAAAGUUGACACCUAAUAUGUGGUGUAGUGGUUAGAGUGUCAGACUAGGACCUGGAAGAUCAGGGUUCAAAUCCCCACUCAAAUCAUGAAGCUCACUGGGCGACCUUGGACCAGCCACAGCCUCUUAUCGUACCUCAAUGGGUUGUUGUAUGGAUUAACUGAGAAAAGGAGUGAACCAUGGACAAAAAAGUGGGACAUGAAUGCAAUAAACACUAUGUUCAGUGUUCUGUGUGUCAUCACCUAAAAGUGCUAAUUCCUGAAUUAGCUUCUGCAGAAGCAUUAUUCCUACAUUUAUUUCUGUCUCAUUUUAUUCACGAAUACAGUUUUUCUAUAGUGGCAGAGAGUUGCAGACGCCGCAUUAAACAGCUGAUCCCAUGCAUCAUUCACUGUUGCACCCACCGUAUGAUGUGAUGUAAUGUUGUGGUUGUGAAAGUCAUGUGCACAUCUUUCCAUUCAUUUCUGACUGACAGGAUGCUGGUUCUAUGUAGGCGAAAGUUCAAGUGAUGAUUUAGAAAGUCUUUCCAAGUGCCUUAUCUUUGUUUAAUGUUUUUUAAAAAAAACGUUGUUUUCCAAACAAGAAGCGCUUCUCCAUACAGAAAAAUGCAUGGGAUGGCUGGCAGGAAUUUGCAAAGCCUAUAAUAUGUUCUGUGUUCACAGUAUUUUGGAAUAUUUGCAAUAUCUUUGCUCUGAGACAUAGGAGUCAUAUUGUUUUUGCCAUAUUUUGUAUACAUUAUUUUUCAGAAAGCAAAGUAAGAUGGGAUUAACUGUGUUAAGACAGGAGUUCUGGGAUGCCGGCCGAAUUUUCUGGAAGAAGCAGAAACUGAAAGUGUUUCUAGAUGACUAUAGGGAGAAGGGUUCACACAGGAGCUGAAGGGAAAAAUUUGGAAGUGUGUGGUGGUGAGGUUUUAAAAGUUAAUUGUGUUAGUAUUUUUAGAGUAUAUAUUAUUAUGAAAGAGGGGGAAAAUCUCAGAGGUUGCCUUGGAACCGUUCCCCCAAACCAGUCUGCUCUUGAAAUAUGCCCACAUCUGGCAAUGUCUGGAAUUUUUAGUACAUGUUGUGAAAGCAACAGAAUAUUAGUCUUUGGGAAGGCUGUUGCUCUUUCUGCAAUAUGUAUAACUUCCAUUAUUUUCCAGUGAUACUGGGCAGAAGAUAAUAUAACAGGGAUGGGAUGUGGAGUAAUAGAUUAAAUGCUCCAUCCCUGCUAUCAGCUGGGUAUUAUAUCAGUGAGGGGUGUGUGUGUGUGUGUGUGUGUGUGUGUGUGUGUGUGUGUCUGUCUGUCUGUCUGUUUCAUGUGCACCAGUUUGCUCAGUGGCAUCUGAGGGUGCCUAAUCAGCUACAUAAUUUUAUACCAUUUUGCUAGUCUUAUAGCAGCUGAAGGUGAAGACUUGCAGAGAGACAGAGGCUGUGUUUGGAUGGUCAUAUCAUGACUUAAUAAACUGAGAUGUUAGGAAGUUUUGUGCUCAUGUCUGCAGUUUCUUUUCUUCUCCCUUCCUGAGGGUUUGAAGUUGGUUGAAAAUGCUGGUUUGUUCCAAACCUUGUGUCUGUUGUUUCCCAGUUUUCACAUAGCCACAGGUUUUUUUUUAAUAAAGAUUUCCUGGUGUAAUUUUGGUAAGCUGGGAAGAGAGGAGGAAAGGGAUUGCAUGCAAAGGCAAUGGAUCUGUGCAGACAUAAUGCCUAGUUAUGAUUUAUAUCAUUUAACCAUGGCCUUAAUGUAAAAAUGUAUUUCAGGGCUGCUUUGUGCAUGAUAUUGGACUUUUUUAAAAAAAGUAAAACACAAGGUCCUGAGUAUAAUGCGAUUUGGAGAGUGGGGAAGGGAAAAUGUGUCCCUUGUGCUUUCCUCCCAGCUUAAACAUCCCCAUAUUAUUAGGCCAAUGAUAGUUCAGUUAUUAGAGCAUGAGGGUUGUGAGUUUGAGCUCCUGCAUUUCAGGGGAUUGGACUAGAUGGUCCUCAUGGUUCCUUCCAACUCUAUGAUUCUAUAUAGUAUAGGGGUAGUAACUCCCUCCCCCAACCUAGCUGACUCUAUGAACAUUUUUGGCCCAACAGUUCUAUUUUCUGGAUUCUAAAAGAAAAUGUACAAUAGGUAUUUGCAUUCUGAGGGAGCCUCUCUGUGUAUUUAGAAAUCUGCACCUUAUAUUUAUACCUUAUCCUGUAGUAGUUUCGAACUGGUAAGAGACAGGAUCAGCAAAGUUUGGCAUUAAAGGCAAUAAGAAUUCAAGAUGACAAACUAAUAACUUAAAUUUAAAAUAUUAGGCAUGUUGCUAAUGUAAGUAAUAUGUUGCCUUAGUGAAGAAAUCCUGCAGCUUCUGCUCGAGUUCAUAAUGAUGGCUUGCUUUGACGGCUAAAGCCUCUUUUCCUUUGCUUAUCCUGCUAAAAUACCAUUAUUUUGCAAAGACAAAACAAAGAAGGCUGGGUGGCCUCAUAUAGAAGAUAAUAGUGCAGAUAGAAACAACAAGCUACUUAUCAAGUAUAAGAUUCUCCAAAAACUGUAAGAACAGAUUGAUAAACCAGUAGCAAAAUGUGAAACAAUAAGCAGCUUGAGUUGGGAGCUAUAAAUUAGGGUGAGGGAACAAAGCUGGAUUUUGCAAAUGAUUGGGGAAAGAGCAGAGAGAGGAAGACUGAGAGAUGUCAUGGCACAUACUAAGCAAGGUAAUAGUUUUCAAUAAGACUGAUAUAGUUUGGAUAUAUUUCAGCAUCGUUACCUUGGGAGAAAUUGUAUUUGAACAGUGUUCAGAUAUCUUGGGUCCAAACUAUUUGUUGUGUGGGGGUCUUGACGCUUCGCUGUUGUUUCAAAAUUAAGGCUGAAUGAGACCUGGCUGCAACCCAGAGCUGUUUUUAGUUGUGGAGUAGAACAUGUGUAGGCUUAGAAUUUUAACCCCACAAAUAUUGUAUACGAUUAACAGCAGCUUUUAGAAGAGGGGACCGUCAGCAUAAGGGCUGCAGCAGUGUGUUGGUGGUCGGGAAGCUCCCCAAAUGCCGUGACCUCACCUUUAGUUUGGCCCUAAUGUCCAGCAAAUCAAAGUCUGCUUUGGACUGAUAUAUAAGGCAAGAAGCUUAAAAGAAAAGGUUUAGAAAAGGAACAAAUCCCCACCCCCAAAGUAAAAUACAAAAUAUAACAAUAUAGCAAAGAGCAUAUAUAUAGCAAAUAUAGCAAAUAAGCAUAUUGUACAGCUUUAAUAUUUGUCCAACUUCUUGCUUAUCUGAAAAUCAAUAUGAUUUUUAAAAAAGAAAAUUAGAGAAAGUGUCUCUGAUUUUGAAUACCUGUGCAUCUCCUGAAACUUUCUCCUGCAUGGAGGCAUUAGGACCCAGCUGUGAAUUGGGCUUUGGCUUACUUGGGGAGAUGUUUACCUGCACUAUGCAAGAGCAACAGGGGCAGAGCAGGGGUGGUGGAAGGAGCAGAGAUGCCCUCAUAUAUUUUGGGAGGGUAUAUUGGCCUUAUUGAGAAGGAGAAUUUAUCUUGUCCAGAUGUGUUCCUAGGCUUAUGUAUUUGAGCAGAACUAGAAUAUCAUUUAAAUCAAUAAAGAUUUUGCAUUUAGUAAAUUUCAGACUUGGGCAAGGGCUGCAGUCCAAUUUCAUAAUUUUACAGCAUUUAUGAAAAAGAGCACUUUUUAUUUCACCAUUUUCAGUUUCUAACCUCGACAACAUCUCUAAAAGCAUCUAAGCAUGUACGCAGAUAAGUGUAGAGUUCUCCGUUUCUUUGAAAUUUAUACGUCAGUGUCCUAAAGUUUGGGUUCUUUUAUGUAGUAUUCAAAAAGAUGAUUGUAGUAUUUAGUCUAUGGGAGAGUCCAUUCCAGAGUUAAUUUGUAACUAAAGCAAAUGAAUCUAUAAAAAGAAGAACGGUUACAUAAGAAAUAUGUCAAGAAAAAGGAGGCCCUGAUAAGGGCUAUCUGAACCAGUUUGAUCCCAGUGAUUUUAUGGCUUUGGAAUUCAAUUAUAGGUGUGCUGGGAGUAGCAAAUCACAAUUCUGUAAAUUAAUGGGACACAAAUAUCUUUAUCAAAUUCUGUGUGUGUUCACAUGCUGCAAAGUUCAAUCCUGCCUUCCGUAAAUAAACUCUUCGGAGCUACGCUGUAUACCUCUGCUGAAACUGAAUGCCAAAGCAACAGAAGUGCAGAUACAGCACUGACUGAAUCAUUUUCCAAACACGCACACUGAUAUGAAAUACUAUGUUAAACAAGAUUAGCAAAAUCAAUUGGUUUUUCCUUCUGGGAAGCAUUUUACUUUACACUAGCAGCAUUUUUUUCUUCUGCAGAUGUCACAAUCCUUGGUAUUAAAUAAGGCAGAGGAUUCAAAGUAUGGUAGCGAUGUGUUCAGAUAAAUUGCACCUACUCAAAUGUGUGUGGUGCCUAUGGUCCGUCUUCUCUCCAUGUGGCUUUAUCUAAUGUGGGUAAUGCCUUUCUUCUUACUUAAAGUAAAGAGAUUAGCUUCAGAUUAAUUGCAAAUUAAAUUCCGUGAUGUAAUCUAUAUAGAUUUUUGUUCUUAAAAAUGCCUACGCCUGUCUUCUCAUAAGAAUUAAUCAGCACCACUUUCCAGUCAUUUACAGCAUUAUCCUAUGCAUGUCUCCUCAGAAGCAAGCUCCACUGAGUUCAUUGGGUCUGAUUCCCAGAUCUCAGAUUGCAGCCUUGAAAGAGAAAGAGCUUUUCCCUUGAAAUUUAGUGGGCAUGUAAUGUGAUGUAAUUAAGGAUAUGUUGGGCACGGUGCUCUCAUUAAGGAGAUGUCAGGCAUGGCGCUCUCAUUACUCUGGAUUGCUUUAUUACACAUCUAAACUUGAAUAACUCCGUGUGUGGUGACUGUUGUUAAUGCAGGAGAGAAAGUGAAAGAUUGCCAUUCUAGUUGGGGUUAAUCUUGUGUUACAGACACUUCAAAUGCAUAAAUGAAUUUAAGUUUCACAUUUGAAAAUUGGGGAGAGGAUAGACAGGUCACAGUUCCCUGAAAUGGGGCAAUUAUACUCAUAUUUUCCAUGUAGUGAAAGAAACAGACCACAUUUCUUUCACCACAUUUGCACAUUGUGCUAAGCCUUACUUUAGUAUGAGGUGCGCAAGCAGGAAUGAACUGCAGACAGCCCUUCUCCUGCACAGCCCGGAGGAAGAGUUUGGAACUGUUGCCUCCUUUCCCCCUUAACCAGGGUUGCUUGUGUUAUCAGGUGUGGCAAAUGCUAUUAACACUAACUGUGGUUAAUAUCAAAGAAACCAACUUCCAACCAAGGUUUAUGAAGUGGGCUUAUUGAAGUGAACCAUAGUUAGUGUUAACCACAAUUCUGGAUCCAGACAACAUGGCAAACUGUGGUUAACUAAAAAGCAGAAGUGAAAGCUUCUAAGGAGGGAGACUAUAAGCCCAAAACUAUUUAUACAAGAUGAUUUAGCAUAGAAAAGGUGCAUGGUGUAUUUGGAGAGCCAUAUUCCCAACUGCACACAGUCAUUUUGUUGCUCACAUGCACCGAACCUGUGCCUAACAUGGCCUGCAAAGCGCAGUGUCUGUCUUGGGCAAUGGGUCUUACAACCUGGCUAGCAUAUCUGAUGUGGUCAGCUUCCUUUUCUUUUCUUUUUUGCAAUCAGCCACUUUUAGUAGGUGUGUAGAGGGUCAAGAUCACGGAUCAUCUAUGUUAGGAGUGCUGUUGUAGUUUGAAAUUAUGAUGAAAGGUUUGGUUGGUUAAGUGUGUGUUUCCCUUUUGUUUGAAGUGGUUUUAGAUUAUUAGGGAAGUAGUGGGGAAUCUUAUGCAGCUGAACCGAAGAGAGUUAGGGGUAGGAGACAGCAUGUAUAGAACAGUUGUUAUGAAAGUUAAAGGGCUUAUCUGAAAUUCCAGACACAGGUCCCAAUCCAAAGAAAAAUAAUGCCUGUGGUAUUUUGAAAUUAAUGGAACUUAAAUGAGCCAUAGCUUAACAUGUCUCAUUGCUUUCAUUGGAAAGUGAGCUUAAUUAUAUUCUCUGAAUUGAAGCCCUUCAGUUAAAUAACAAAACUAUAUCCAAAGGAAUACAGUAGUACCUCAGGUUAAGUACUUAAUUCGUUCCGGAGGUCCGUUCUUAACCUGAAACUGUUCUUAACCUGAAGCACCACUUUAGCUAAUGGGGCCUCUUGUUGCCGCUGCGUCGCUGCUGUGCAAUUUCUGUUCUCAUCCUGCAGCAAAGUUCUUAACCUGAAGCACUAUUUCUGGGUUAGCGGAGUCUGUAACCUGAAGUGUAUGUAACCUGAGGUACCACUGUAUUGUUUUAGGAGUAAAAGUUAAAAAAUCCCAAACACUUAGAGGCACCUUCUUAAGCCUGGGACUGCUAGAAGAAAAGACUUAGAGAAAUGCUUUUUGGUUAUGUAUCUGUUUUCCUUAGCACACUUCUUUCUUUCCUUUUGAUUGCUAGGCAUACUGCUUUAGGCAUCUAUCAAGACCUCAGUACCAUAUACUGUCAAAAUAGAUGGAACUCCUUGCUCCAGAAUCUUGCCACCGUUGUUUUCCUUAUCUGUGAAGGAAGCACAACUACUCCCAAUGGAGAAAUUUCAUGCUGGCUUGGUCUUAAAAUAAAGUUUAAAAAAAAAUCUGAGGGAAAGGUCACUUCCUAAUAACUGUGACAAUCUGAAUUCCCAGGGAGCUUCAGGAAUGAUGCUACAUGACUACUGCACUGACAACUUUCCAGUAAUAAGUUGUUGAAAUGCUGCCAGGGAAAGUUCUUCGCAUUCAGGCAAAAUUAGUGGAAUAAGGACAUGAACGUCAGCACAUAAUGGUUCAGUUUGUUCUUGGGUUGACAUACAUGCCUCCUAUUUGUCUUUAGAGCACCUUUCUUCUUCUGGCAAUGAUUUUUCCCAGCACUCCUGGUGACUUGCCUCAAGAGUUGGGUGUAAAACUAGUGGGAAAUGAAAUUGGGCAACCUAGCACCAAUAGUGGAAUGGUCUCCUUUUCCUCCAUUCUAGGAAAUGAUCUCCUCAUAAUAAAGUUAUUAAUUAACUAAACCAGGAACUGUCAGAGCUGUCACUCCUUCAAGCAGACUACAGAUUCAGAAAAAUUAUGUAAUGGUUGCCCAUGGCUUGAAAUAACUUUUUAAAAAAACUGUAGAUACAGAGUAGUCCGAGUUCAAGUAAAUCUAGUAGCCGCAAAUAGGUCCUGCUAAAACAACUUGAUCCAUUGACGUCAGCAGUACUUAAACAUGAAAGAAUCACACUCUCUUUCCUUAGAACCUGCAUUAGAUUUGUGAGCAGUGGCCAUCAAUUUGACUGCAUAAAACUUGCAGGUGUCAAGGUAACUAGGUAACUACAACUUAUCCAAUCCUGCAGAACACUUCCAUUAAACUUCAUUGCCAUUGACUGCAAUGUCAAUAGCUGGUUUGCAGUGUAUGGUGAGAAACACCCUUGUGUUGUUUGGUGCUUUAAAAUUACCUUGCUUUUAAUUGAUUAAUUAAUUAAUUGCCUUGGAAAUUUUUUUUGUAUUAAGUGACUAACAAAUGUAACAAGUAACAGUAAGAAUUAUGUGCGAAUCUUCACCCAGUCAGGCAGCUCCUGGGUGGCACCGGGGAAAUUGCUGCCUCUCAGCCUAAUUUACCGCAUAGGGUUGUGCUGAUGCUAAAUUAGGAUGCUAAGCUCCUUGGAGAAAGGUAGGGUACAAAUAUAAAAAACAGCACUCAGCUGUAGUAUUCAUAAAAAAUGUUCUGUUUCGAUUUAAAGAUAGCUAUGAUGUGAAAUAAGUAUUAUUAUUAUUGUUAGUCAACAGCCUCAUGCAGAAGCCUUUAGGUUGCGAAGUCAUUAAUGGUGGAGUCAUUAGCUUCCUAGAUAGACACUUUGAAUAAUCAUAUUGAUGAUAUGAUAAUAGAUGCACAUUCAAAUUAUAAGUUGCCCACUUUUAAUAUUUAAGUUAUGCUCUGGCUAUAUUAUUGAUUUACAUCUGUACUCCAUAAUUUAUUCUUGUGAUUUACAUUCUUAUGAUUUAUGUUUUGGAGUAAUAAUAAUAAUUAUAAUAAUGCUUGGCUUGUUCAAAGUAUGUGAGUAUUUUAAGAGCAUCACAUUUGUAAUCCUUAACAGCCCUGUAAGCUAGGUCAGCAUUACCCCCAUGAGGCAGUUGAAGGGAAAGUGACUUGCCUCAAGUCACCUAGUGGCUUGAUAGAAAAGGAGAGAUUUGAACUGAAGGCUCCCAUUUCAUGGCUUUGUCUCAGUGCUACUAUGCUACACUAGUUCUCUGAGCUACUUAUUAAACCAUAAUCAGCCAUGCUUGAAGGUACUUGUUAAACCAUAAGCUCAAGUCUGCUCAAGUCUCUCAUAGUCGUCUCGUUGUCCAGGUCUCAAUUCAUGCCUUGUCGUGUGUCAUGUCUUGACACCCACCGCAGACAGUUUUGUAACAUUCUUCCAAUACAUAACCAUACUGUCUUCAUGUGCUCAUGACAUAAUCUAUUCCCUUGCCCAUGCUGUGCUUUGCUUUUUGGAUGUGGUAAUGAAAUGCAUGUCUUUUUCCACUUGCACGCCUACCUACUUUGCUUGAGCAUGUUCAAAAGGAAUGCAUGUCGCUGUCUAGUGGAGUGGUACAUUUCCUCUUAGCUAUGUUUAAAAAGUUUAUUUUAACAUAAUUAAAUCCUUUCAUAGGCUUGUAUGUAUCAUAAGAGCAGGAAGAUUUCUUGCCAUUUAUCUUCCUUGGUUUCAAUAUUAUUACAGACAUCAUCUGAUCAUCCAAUGAAUUUUUUAUGCUCUUUGUUUGUGAGCAAUUUUAAUUUUAAAAUUUUGUUAGUAAUCUGAACCCCCCCCCCCCCACUCUUCCAGGUAAUGAGGCAGUUCCUAUCCUAUGGAUUAACUUCAAGAAUAAUUCCUCCUAAAUAUGAACAGAUAUACUAAUGACAUUUGAAGGCAGUGAAUGCUACAGGUGUAGCAAUCCUGGAGAAAUAUCAGAUCAUACAUCGUGUUCUGACUUCAUUACUGGUGUAGCUUGAAUCAAUUUUUUUAACAUCCGAUAGCCAGUCACUUAUGAUUAAUUAAUUUAUUGAUUCAUAUGAACGUCUUCCUUUCUGGUGUUAUCUCAAUAAACAAAUUUGCAUUGUACAAGAGCAUUCACGUAUUUAAAACAGUGGGUUAUAUCCAGGAGCUGGUUCACUGAUGUACAUUCAUUACAAAAUAUUAAAUGGUAAGCUUUUAGCCUGGUUGCUGUCCAGAAAGGCAUAAUUUUUUUUCUUAAUUAUAUUGGAAGUGUUAGCUAGCUAGAUUCCAGGAUUUGUGUGCUUAUCUUACUGAUCCCUUCUUCCCUUGGCCUCAAGUUCCUUGUAUCUCUAUAUCUGCCCCUCAUCUCUCACACAUUCUGGUUCUCCAAGGCUCAAUACUUUAGCUGGGCUAGACUAUACUAAAUUAUACAUGUUUGCAUACUUAGUAAAAUGUUCAGAAUUGCAAGCUUCAGUUUCCUUUUCUGAAAGCAUCUCAUACCAAGGGCACUCUGAAAACUUAAUUAAGAUUGCAGUCCUAUACAUGCUUACCUGAGGAUAAGUCACACUGGACACAUUGCAAAGUCCACCUUAUCAUUUAAAAGUUGGACUUUCCCAUGUGAAGGGCCAAGACAGAGUGAUUGUCUGAAUUUCCUAUUUCAAGGUCAACUGAAAAGUUCCAAAAAAGGACUGUCCUUGCUGAAAACCAUAUGCUUCAUGGAAAUCAUGUGAGAGCUCUUACAUUUGCCUUAUUUCACAAAGGACAGGAACGACAGGAUGUGGGAUGCUGCUGCCUCUAAGGACCCAUCUUGGAUAUAAAAUGGUUCCAGUUGGAGAGUUGUAUAUGGAAGGAAUGCAGGAAGUGUACUAUUCCUGGUCUUCUGCUUUUACUUUCCAGUUGCAGUCGGGAUCACCCAUGGAUCCAUCCAGAGUUUAUUUUAGGGCAUCUUCUCAAGUGUAGAUAGCAUAUCCUACAAGCUUUUCAAACAAAGAGUUUUGAGUGGGGCUUUCAAUAACUGCCGAAGCUAUUCCCCUGCUUCCUAUGCUCUUUGUCAUUGCUCUUUAGGAUGUCAGAUGCUGAUUCAGGGGUUGUAAUUUUUUUGGUCUGUUGAGGAGCCAAACAGCACAGUCACUCCGUUACGUAAUACGCCCCCACUAGAACCACAUGACAAUUAGCAGCAGUACCAGGCAUGCUUCGGGGUAACAAAAAGUCAGAGUGAGAAUUUCAUAGUUCCUCAUGUAGUUCUUCCUUCAGGGGGAAAAAUGAUGGCAGUGUAUUUUUAGAUGGCAGAAAUCUUGCCCCAUAAGUGAAAAUAGACCUUACAUCUUCCAGAUCUUCUGCCUAUAUGAUAUAGGGCCGCACAAUGUUCUGGUAAAAUGAUAGCCAAGCAAAUACUACAUCACCACCUCCCCUCCAUGAGCAGCUUACUUUGUAUGCUUCCCAAAGCAGGCUAAGGUGAACAAUUUUGAGUUUCACACAGAAGCAGUAGACCUGUCCAAGUGUAAAACUUCAUAUGGAAUAAAUGCCUUACAGAAGUGUGCUUUGCGGCAUUCUCAAAAUACUCUGUGUCUGUGCUGCUUAAAAUAUAUACUACAAAACUUGUUAAACAAAACUGACACGUGUCAAAAUGAGAUGUUUCAGCUUUAAGUGGAAAACCACAAAAUAAUAUGUACAUGGAACUAAAUUCUACCCUUUUUCUUCCUUCCUUCCUUACUUAUACUAAGCAGGUAUUACAGUAUAAUUUAUGUUAAAAAACCAAGCUCCAUUCAAAUUACUGAUCCUACUCCUCCAAAGCCUUGACUUUCGGCAUGUUAGACAAAAAGGGCACAGAAACAGAGACUUCCUCCUUUUGUGCUUUUCAAAGAAAAUACAUGGACUUUUGCCCUUUGCAUAUUUUGUAAGAAUUCUGGGCAAGGAGAUGACUCAGUGUCUUGGUAGCAGAACAUAUAACCUUUAAGUUCAAAAGCCAUGCGUUUACAUCCUGAAAUAUGCAUAGGUUGAAAUCUUCAAGUCUCUUUAUUAUAUCAUCCUUUAAGAAGAUUUUCCCUGUACAUGACAAUAUUUUGAAAUCCCAUUCACCAAUGUUAAAUUUCCAGUGUAUAGACUUCAUUAAAUAAUUCCUAACAGAAAUAUCUACCUCACUGUUAUAUUUUUUUAGUGUAGCUGAAGAACAAGCUCACAUGGCCAAUCAACUUGAUUUUCAUCCAAGGCUUCAUCCAGUUGUGCUACAAUUACAAAUACAGAAUUACCAUUAAGGAAGAACAGGAUUUGCAGCCAAAAUGACACCACAGGAACCUUUAGAAAGCAAAGGAUGUUUAGGUACAACCAGCUCUGCCUGUUGAGAAGUCAGUGAUGCUGUUGAUCAAAACCUAAAUCUUUCAGCUGUUAAUCAUGAAUUUAAUAUUAUUGAUAAUGAAUUAAGAAUAAAUAAAUAAUAUGCGCCACUUUUUCCACAGUAGGCUGUGUGCAAAGCAGUUCACAGGAAACAUCAUCUUGUUAGUAAAAUACAACACCACAUUUGGGGGGGGGGGACACCACAAUUUGUUAUAAAACUUAUUAACACAUUAAGAGCAUAAGAUUGGCUGGAUCAUGCCAUAGCUCCAUCUAGUCUGGUUUCCUGGUUACCACAGUGACCAACCAGGUGUCUAUAGUCCACAAGCAGAAAACCUGCAUGACUGUGAGCAGGGCAGUACACUAUAGACUGCAUAGUGGCUUGCACUAUAGCCUUUCUACAUUUUUGCAAACCUACAAAUAAGUGUCUCAGGAACAGCUUCCUAAUCGGUUAGAGGCUUUACUUACUAAAUUUAUAUAGGACCACCCCAAUAACAUGGCUUUUGGGGGUGGCUCACAAACAUAAGAUGAUAAAAUGCAGUUAAAGCACAGUCCUAAAACAACAAGAUAUAUAACACAGUAACAACUUCAAGCCUAUCAUUUCCGACAGAGAAAAUAAACCAAAUGACUAAAAAGAAUUCAUAACAUGUAAACCAAAUUGGGGGUGGGUGGGUGCUGAUUUACUCAGUAGAGUGUCGAAUUCAGAGAAGCCUGGGUUUAAAUCUACAAUGAGACAUGAAAUUCACCUGUGACCUUGGGCUAGUCAUCAUCUCUCAGCCUAACCAGCUUCACAAGGAUGCUGUGAAGGUGGAAGGUUCUGUGUGCCAUUCUGAGAUCUUUGGAGGAAGGGUAAGAUAAAAAUGUAAGAAUGAUGGAAUGGCAGGUGGUGACAAAGUUGUUGCAGGCAGAGUGAUCUGUGUCACAAGUAGUUAGUUCUUCUACAAGUGGGAAACAUUGAUCUCCCCCUGAUUUAAUCGUGAUUUUAAAACCUGCAUAUAUAAUGCAAAACUGAGCUUAAUUGCAUGCCCUGAAUUGAAUAAAGAGGGAAAUAUUGUAAUACUUGGAUUUAGAAAAGGAGCUAAAUUACACCUAGUUCGACAUUAGUAUAGAAUUUGCAAAGUUUCGAGAGUUCCCAUUUUAAGCUGAGACGGUAGAGCAAGAGACUCUUAAUCUCAGGGUUGUGAGUUCAAAUCUCUCAUUUGGGGGGAAAGAUUAUUGCAUUGCAGGGAUUCAGCUAGAUGACCUUUGUGGUCCCUUCCAACAAUUCUAUGAUCCUCAGUGCUUAUGCAUUCACAGUUCGUGGAGUGCUUUAUCUACACCCAUUUGUGUAUAUAGCUACCAACUGAGGUUAAAACUAUUCAUUUGAUGAAGUUUGUCCAUGGAAGUUUGUGCUAUACUGAAUGUCUUGGAACUCUCUCAUUUUCACUCUGUUACACAAGAGCAACAUCAUUUUAGUUUAGACUCACUGCAGUGGAAGUAGAUGAAUCUCUCUCCCUCUCCCACAUAUGCAAACAAGGUACAAUAAACACAAGGUGUUUUCUGCCCAUGUGCAUGUUCAUACAAGUUGGCAUUUGUAACAAGGGAUUUGUUUGGUUCAAAAGUGCAGUUGCAUGAAAUGGCUUUGGUUUAUCAACAAAAAGUGGCUAGUUUGUUUUUCUUGAGAUUGUGCAGGUGAGAAAAUAAAGGCUUGUUAAGGGGAAGUCUUAUCCUUCUAUGCACUCUGCUAGCACAAGCUUUCAUGUCAGUUGUACAGGUUCCUCAUGGACUUCUGGGUGAAAGCUGACAGGUGUUGGGUAGAUGCCAGUUCAGAAUGAUACAUUCAGGGAUGGUUUCACAAAAGGGGAGAAGCUGGAAUUAGACACACAGAAAUUAAGAAGAGUCAAUCAAAAAGAUAAAGGUGACAUAGGAAAUAUUGCUCAUAUUAUCAGAAACCCAGCUCCCCAGUGAAAAUUAAUGCCCUUUUUUGCUCUUUCUCAGUUGCUUUGCAGUACUGUAUCUUUAGUUUUAGCAGACAUUAAACUAAUGUAUACAAGUUAACCACUUAAACUUAGUAUCAUAGAUAUUUCUGAAACGGUAUUAGGAACCCUGAAGUACUGUUCCAUGGUGCAGCAAUAUUUUCAGUUUGGACAUCUCUAAUAUGCAAUUGGCAUAUUCAAAUAAUAGAAAUGAAAAGUUAUUAAUUCUGCUUUAGCACUCUUAACUGUGAAAUAAACCCAUUUAUCUGAGUUCUUCUAAGGUAAAGGUAUACUCAUUAGAAAAGCAUAUCUUCAGUUUAUGGAAAAAUGAGUAAAGAAAAAUAGAUGACCUCCCAAAAGUAUACUUCAGGUGAAAUAUUAAUGUACUUACUAGAGAAUAAAUCUUAUGAAACAUAGUAGGAUGAACUUCUGAGUAAACAUACACAGAACAGCAUCGUACAUAGUUUUGUUCCACAAAGAAUACUUAUCCAGAAUUUCCUUCAUGUUCAAUCAGAUGAGCUUGAAAUGACAAGUGAAAUAGAUUAAAAUAAUAGGUACUGCUCCCUGUUUCAUCUCAUUAAAUACUGGUAGGCAACUAAUGUAAAGGUAAAGGGACCCCUGACCAUUAGGUCCAGUCGUGGCCGACUCUGGAGUUGCGGUGCUCAUCUCGCUUUACUGGCCCGGGAGCUGGAGUACAGCUUCCAGGUCAUGUGGCCAGCAUGACUAAGCCACUUCUAGCAAACCAGAGCAGCGCACGGAAAUGCCGUUUACCUUCCCGCCGGAGCGGUACCUAUUUAUCUACUUGCACUUUGAUGUGCUUUCGAACUGCUAGGUUGGCAGGAGCAGGGACCGAGCAACGGGAGCUCACCCCAUCACGGGGAUUUGAACCGCCGACCUUCUGAUCAGCAAGCCCUAGGCUCUGUGGUUUAACCCACAGCGCUACCCGCGUCCCUUCAGCCAACUAAUGUAUUUGCAUGUAAUGCUAAGCCAAACCAUUGUUUAGUGCAAACAAGAACACCUGCAGGCUCCCAGAAUGGAAGUUGAGGCAGCAUUGCUCCUUCCUGCUUGUUCUGCUGCUGUGCUGUGUUAAGCCAUGGUUUGGUUUAGCAUGCAAUUCAAGCCUGUGUUUGUGGUUUAGCUCUCUCCAGACAACCCACAAGAUGCAACCAAGGCUUGUCAUAUGGCUUCCAGCUUGUGGUUUAUCUAGGAGAGCUAAACCAUGAGCCCAGGUUUGAAAGUCAUGCUAAGCCAAAGCAUGACUUAGGUCAGCAGAAGAGCAGAGUGCUUGUGAUCUCUUCUGUGAGAGCCCACACAUUUGAUCCUUCCCACUCUGCCAUGAUUUGGCUAGCUGGUAUGAGUUUUGUAAUCAUAAAAACUGACCUCUUAGCGAAAACCUUUGCUCCAGCUGGCAAAGAUCAGGAACUAAUUGUGUCAAGCUACUAAAUAUGGAACUAGGUCUCCUUCUGGCACAUUAAUGACACAUUAAUGGCACAAUUUCAAGGGAAAUACUUUUUUUAAAAAAAUAAGUAAGACAUACUGUUAAACUCCACUCUUCCCCUUCCCCUUUGACAUUGGCACUAAGCCAAGCUGAGUGAGAGAUGCUUGAAAUGCAAGAUCACCUUUCCCCACCUGUGUAGUCUCACUGAUGUUAGAAUUAGGCACUCCACGUGUGUGGGCAGCGCACAUACAACAAAUAUGGCUGCCACAAGUUUGGGCCUACAUUAAAACUUAGCUAAUCAUAGUAUGGCUUUGCUCCAAAGAGUACAUAUUAGGACUUGAAAUUUGACUUUUGGCUUCUUUACACAUUACGUUUUUAGGCAUACACAAAAAUGUUUUCAAUGUAUCUAGUAUGUCAAAUGGUGAAUGUGACAAAACAGGCAUUGUGAAAAUAUGUGCAUUAUACUUGUACAAUCGUCAGGGAGCUAGGGUUAGCCGGAGCUUCCUUGGAAGCGUACGUUCAGUGUCAGACGAAUGUUUGCUGAUAUGUAAUGUGUGAAACAACUAUUUCUUGGGGAUUAAAAAAAAUUCUGUAUGUCUGGAGAUGCAGGCACCUGGAACUAUAACACUAGCAUUGCCAUAGCAUUUUUCCAGAUCUAACUUGCACACCUGCUAUUAGCCAAAAUUUAAUAGACCUGGGAGAUCUGGUCAGAGAUCUGUAUUACCUAAUUUAGUUUGGCCCUAAGUAGGCAUGAUGGGUAACUUGUGAUCUUCCUGAGUAGCUACUAACAAAUUAUAGCCUAUAGCAAAGUCAUAAAGGCUGCUGUUGUGCCAUCAUAAACAAAUAAAAUCUUUAAGCUUGUUAAUUAUUGAGUUGAGUUUACCACACCAAAUUCCUGAGCUACUUAUGUGGAAGCCAGUUCUCUUAAAACUGAAUGGGGCCAAUCUUCAAAUAAAGAUAAGGAUAUUGAAAUGAUUUGCAGCGCAACCCUAAGCGUGUUUCAUCAGGAGUUCAGCCGGGGUAUUUAGAACUGGUGGAGUAGUACUUAAUAUUAAUUAUGUCAAAUUAUUUCCCUCGCAUGUAGACUGAGUAGCUAACAAAAGUAUUACAAUGACUGUAGGAUACUUUGACAUCUGUGCUGUACUUAUAAGAGACCUGCAGGCCAAAACAUGUCCAUUGUAAAAAAUAAUCCAUAAAGUUUAACACAGAAUUACAAAAUCAGUAAAACAAACACUUUUACUUGUCUGCCUGCCCACACAUACUGUCCAAUACAAUCCUGUCUGCAUGGAAAUAAGCCUGUUGAGUUCAAUAGUACUUGUUGUUGUUUAGUCGUUUAGUCGUGUCCGACUCUUCGUGACCCCAUGGACCAGAGCACACCAGGCACUCCUGUCUUCCACUUUCUCCCGCAGUUUUGUCAAACUCAUGUUGGUAGCUUCGAGAACACUGUCCUCUGUCGUCCCCUUCUCCUUGUGCCCUCCAACUUUCCCAACAUCAGGGUCUUUUCCAGGGAGUCUUCUCUUCUCAUGAGGUGGCCAAAGUAUUGGAGCCUCAGCUUCACGAUCUGUCCUUCCGGUGAGCACUCAGGGCUGAUUUCCUUAAGAAUGGAGAGGUUUGAUCAAUAGUACUUACUCCUGUGUAAAUGAGUAUAGGGCUGCAAUCUAAGUUAGUCCUGUGUGUGUUUGUUUGUUUGUUUGUUUGUUUGUUUAUUAUGUUUAUUUACAACUCUUCAUCAUUCAUGUUCCCAAAGUGGGUAACGAUCAUUUAAAUGCCAUGACAAAAUCAAAAUAAGCAAAUUUGCUGUAAAACACAAUAUAAAUAGUCAGCCAGCCUAAAAGGCAAUAAAAGAGCUUCCCUCUAUUGAGGUUUACAAAAAUUGCCGCGCUAGUUACCUCAAGGCAAUUCUUGUUUGCUUGAGGCAACUAAGUGGUGACUAUUUGCAAGCAUGGUUUAACAAUAUUUAUACCGUAACGUGGAGAUCAUGUGAUUGAACACGGAUACUUUAGUGCUAUGGAAAUCUUUAUAUUUAGUAACACAUGCUUAGAAUUAACUAUGUUUUUAAAAAGUGUAGGCCAGUUUUAAGAUUUACUAAUUAGCAGUUGUAUUUAAACAGAACGUUCAAAUGGAAUAUAUCUUUAAGGCUGUAAUCCUAUGCAUACUACAGUGGUACCUCGGGUUACAUAAACUUCAGGUUACAUAUGCUUCAGGUUACAGACUCCGCUAACCCAGAAAUAGUACCUCGGGUUAAGAACUUUGCUUCAGGAUGAGAACAGAAAUCGUGCUCCGGCGGUGCGGCAGCAGCAGGAGGCCCCAUUAGCUAAAGUGGUGCUUCAGGUUAAGAAUGUACCUCCGGAACGAAUUAAGUACUUAACCCGAGGUACCACUGUAGUGGGAAAAUGGAGUAAGGAUUGCAGAGUCACUUGGGAGAAGGACUUAUUGAAUUCUGUGGGACUUCUGAGUAGAUAAGGAUAGAAUUGCACUGUAAGUAGCUUUUGGCAGUGGGGUUGUUUUCCUUUUAUCACCUUGUUAUUCCAGAUGCUGAACUGUAAGUAAUAGCAUUUUAUUUCUUGAAAACAAACUGAUCUUAGGUGAGUGAUAAGCAGAUUUUUACAUCUCUGACCACCCAUCCAGUACAUGCUGAAAGCAUCCAAAUUCCACAUAUUUUAAAGCAGCAUGAUAGUGCAAUCCCAUACAUGUCUGCUCAGAAGUAAGUUCCAUUGAGCUUAAGGUAAGUGUUAUAGGAGUUCAGUCUUAGCAAAAUACAUAGGAUUUCAAGCUGCCGACCUCUGAGUUGAAGUAUGUAUUUUCUCUUAACCUCCUCUCUCCAAAAUACAGAAUUUGGACCAUUGUGCAUUAUUUGAACUUUUUGAGCCCUUGUAAACUUGUAGAAAAUGCAAGAAUUGUUUUGAUAUCAAAGAAUUCUAAAGUAAGGAGCAGAAUGCCAAAUCACUGUAUAAUGUACACCCAUAGCAGAAUCCACAAAGUUCAGUGAGACUUACUAUCCAAGCAAUAAUGACUAGGAUGACAUCAUGAGUUACUAUAAAAUUUACACCAGUGAAGUCCAUUGGGUAGAUUUGAGCCUAAUUUGCUUCAAAGGUGCUUAUGGGGAUAUAAACUGGGAUUCCCCUGUAUAUGCUGCCCCUGAACUUCUUGAAAGAAGAGCAGGAUACCAAUAAAGUAAAUAAACAGAUGAAGUUAAUGUGUUUCUUUAAAAAAAUGUGUUCAGCUGCAUGUAAUAUUUGGAAUUGCUUUAUAAAAUUGAUAAGUGAGCAUUUUGUCUCCCUUCAAAUGUGUGCUUGUUUCUCUGACAAAGAAGCUUCUUUUACUGAUUCAGUUCUGUCUCACACGUGAUUAACUUUCGUGAUAAUGCAGCUGGUCAGAUCAAAAUGAUAUGUUCUUAUGCAUGUUUCCUUUUAAAGCAUAUAUAUAUAUAUAUAAAAAACAUACCUUGGCUGAAAAGAGAUUUCCAUGUUGACUGCAAAGAAAAGAAAGACCUCCAUCUAUUUCAAAAGUAAACGAAUGUGUUGGCUGUGUGUAGGGAGUACUAGUUAGGACUUGAAUGACCUGACUGGCAAAUCUUGCACUUAUCUGGCAAAUCUUGCGCUUAUCUUUGCAAUAUGUAAAUUCUGGGACAAAUUUUCCUCUUAAACUGUCUGUGAGGUUGCUGAAGAGCUGAAAAACAGGACGUUAUCAUUUGGAUGGUAUGCAGUCAGUUUAGGGUCGAUUGCUGCAAUAUUCCCACAGUUGGUCAUCUGAUCUGGUCCAGCCUGGGGCCUGAUCAAAACUUCAAAAGUAAGGAACUCUAAUCCAAGACUGUCCCAAAACAAAGGAUACAUUAGACUUUAAAGGCGCAUCAGUGGUCUCUGAUUUGUUUCUCCACUUUGCUGGGCAAAAUGGCUUUUCAUGGCUUCAACCUGUAUCUUGUGAGGCCUCUUCUGAAAAGGGCUUUCCAGGACCCAGCAUCUUUCCAGUUUCUGCUCAGUGGCAAAUCUCUAUCUUGUGGACAAUGUGAUCAAACUGGUGGUGACUGUUCUCCAAAUGUUUUCGGACAAUCUUGUAGACACAUUUCAACCUCCCUUCUGUUUGGUUCCUGUGGUGGAUGAUGUGUGCCAAGUAAUGGACAGGAUGAGCUGGAUAUUUUGAUCUGUAAAAGAUGCCCUCUCCCUCUCUUCUUUCUAUUGGGGGGGCACAUGUAACUUUCAAAGUGCUGAAAAGGUGCUUGGAGUUGGUUGUGGGCUGAAUUAUGGCUAAGAAACUGAAGUUGUGGUCAGACAAGAUAAAGGUCAGUAGGUUAUCAACCCAAGAAAGUGGUGUUUCUUUUUUUACAUAUGAUGCGAGCAACCGAGAGAGAGGGGAGGGGAAAGGGAGAGGUGGCAGGGAGGUUGGCUCAGUGUAGGCACAUUGGUUUGGCUCCGCCACUGUGCCCACACCACACCAACCUCCCUGCCACUUCACCCCUCUUGGUUGUCAGCAGCGACCUCCACAUUAUGAAGCCGUACUCUGCCGGCCACUACCAUAUGGAGUUUAACUGUGUGCUGUACUACUGCACGAUGGUCCUUCCCACGCUGUUCAUGAGCUAUUAAUGAAACGGGCAGAUUAAAAAUCCAUGUGCUGUUUCUUCCCCCCAAAAUAUUUUUAGUAAAUAGUGUUUUGCCAGUCCUUUAGGUCAAGCAUCCUUAAUUUGUGAGUGUGAUCCAUCAAGCCAAACACAACCCACCAGUCCUGUACAGGCCCAUGGCUGUUGGAGAAACAGAACAAUUAUUUAGUCCAAAACAGAUAAACAUGCACUCACUAACACCCAGUUCCAGGACAAGGUUUUCAGAGGCAAUGUCAAGUUGACAGAGGGGGGAAAAUAUUUAGCCAACUAACGCAGAAAAGGCACUGUGCUACAUAUGGCUCAUCGCUACUUGUACUUCAAAAGUACAACAGGUAAGUGGAUGGCUGAAGAUUGUAGUCGGGGACUUGCAGUGGAAUGCUAAGCCUGCUGAUUAAUAUAGGCUAUGCUUUUAAUGUCAAGGUCUCAGAGUGAAGCAUAAGUCAAUCAAUGGGACUUUCUUCCGGGUAAACAUGGUGGGGAUCUGCAGAACUAUAAACACACACAUGAGUUGUGUCAUAUGAAUCUAUUAUAAUUAAGAUGAAGGAAGUACUGCAAAAACCCCCAUUAAAAUUCACUUGCCACUUUUAUACAGUUAAUUUUGAUUGCUACCUGCAAUUUGAUCUUUAGUGAACUUUGACAGUGAACUCUUUUUCCUGUUUAAGGGCAUAACUGAAUGGGGUCAGAUGUGUUCUGAGUUCACUGGUUAUGCUCCCUCUGCUGACUCCGCAGCAGCACAGCUAAACAGCAAUGGAUAGGAAGAAGGUCAGGGAGAAACGGUGCAAAACAGGAGCAUAGCAGUUGACCAGACUUAAACAACAACACAGCACAAGGCAGACUAUGCAUACAUAAUAGUCCAUGCUAGCUGGGUGGAACUGAAAGGAGUAUACAAUGCCCUGUUUUCCACGCUGAUUUUAAAUACAUACAUACAUACAUACAUACAUACAUUCUAUAUUCUGACCAAAUAACAAUUACAUGAUAUUUACAUUACUAAUAACAUGGUAUUAACUUUACUAUAUGAAUUUUGAGUCUAUGAAGAUAGUAAAUAUAUUUGCAGCAUGCUAUUGGCCUGCUGUGUGUAAGGGUAGAUAUGUGCAUAGGCUGUCUGGUACUAGAACUGCAAAAUGGAAACUAGCACAGUACUGGCCUGCAGCUAGCACAGAUGUGAAGCAGAAAGCCAGCCUCAGCCUCUCUCCCGAUUCACCAUCCCCAGGGCUAACCCUUAUGUCACCAUGGCCUUCCUGGUGCUGAUCAAAUGGUUUAAAAAAAACAACAGUUUGUAUGUCAUUGUCAUAAUAAAAAUCAACAUAAAAUCCAUAUACCCUUCCUUAUUAUUUUCUCUCUCUUUUUGCCUAGUUGUAUCUCUAGAAAUUUCCUUUUUUGUAACUUUUCCGUUACUGGUUUUGUAAAAACAAGUAUUAAAUCAGGAUGUUGUGUCUGCUUCUUUGUAACAGGUCUAGGGACAACAUUCUGUACAGUAUUUUCAUCUGUUUGUUGGGAGGAAAUGUCUAGAAUGCAGUGCAGCAAGCCAUUCAGGUUAACAGAGAGUAAGCAUGGUUUAUAGGGUAAUUUGUGAACAGGGAUUGAGCGGGGGGGUGGGGGGGUGGAGAGGUUGAUACCAUGGUGAUGAUUCUUUUAUUUAUUUAAUAUAUUUAUUUUCCUAGGCAAAUUCACAACAAAUGAAUUAGAUCAGGCUAAUUCACAACAAAUAUAUAAACAUCACAAUGCAAACUGUUGUGAAAGGGACAGUGUGUCUUUUCCCCCUCCUAAAGCUCCUUGUGAGAGAACUUUGAAAGUUCAUGGCCAAUAUGCCCUGAUCCUAAUCCUGCUAUUCAGGACACUAGAAAUUCUAUGUAAACUAUAAUAUUAGAAACAACACUGGGGAUGAAAGCUGACAACUCAUCCAAGCAAAUGCCAAAUAUCUUCAUUAGGUUUUUGUGUAUGCGUGCAAAUAUUAGUUGUUCCUAUAGAACACUUUUAACUGCUUCUCUGUUACAAUGCUCAUCCCUAUAAACCGCUAAGAAUUUUGUUGUUUACUACGUAUCUGUUUUUCUUCAUUCUUCACUUAUUUAACAACAUUUACAUACCGCCUGAAUGUAGGAAAAUUGAUUGUAAGCUGUUUAUAAAACCUCUAAGUGGUUUAUGGCAAUUUUAGGGUGUGCUCAUUUUAAACUGUCUCUGUACAUUCAGUGACUGAAUACUUUUGCAAGACAAUUUCUAUUACCCUUUGGUAGUUGGAGGGGGAAAAGACCCUUCAGAUUAUUAGAAACCAGGACUCCAAUUUCAGGAGCCAGUAUUAUUAUUAUUGUUUAUUUAAGUUCUAAUCCUGCAUGGAGCCAAAUAAUUGUUUAAAAAUAUUGGGUGGCAUCUAAUUUUUAGAGAACCAGGUGCCUGAAACAUUUCCAGAGAAAUUAGUUUUUCACACCCAUUACACUGGGCAACAAUUUUUUACUUUUUGAAUGUUGUCUAGAUUUCUACAACUGAUUUAGGGUAUUUUUGCACUGCUGAAUCAGGAAAUGGCAUCCGUUUCUCUCCAUCAAGUCAGGUUUACUGUAAACUGAAUGGUGGGCAUUCAUAAAGGUAAGUACACGUAAAUUGCAUGUUGCUUCACCAUUUUUCAAACUUCAGGGCUUGAACUUCCGUUUCUUGGAACUCCUGGAAUGCUCAGCGGCAGGGAGGUCUCUCUUCAGAGUCCAACAGUAGUCAGCCAUCAUGACUACGUCCCAGCGACCCUGAUACCUGGUCUCCAUCUCUUUCAUGUCCUGAUGGAAUCUCUCCCCCUGCUUGUCACUCAUUGAACCCAGGUUCUCAGGAAACCGGUCCAUAUGUGAAAAUAGGUAGUGCAUCUUGACGCUCAUGUUGCAGCCCAGGUUUCUGAAAGCAGUCAGCAUGUUGUUGACAAGUUCUGCAUAGUUUCUGGCCUUAUUGUUGCCAAGAAAGUUCUUCACUACUAGAACAAAUGCCUUCCACGCUUCCAGUUCCACUUCGCCCAUUGAGUUUCCAAACUCUGGAUCUCUGAUGAGCUGACGGAUCUGAGGACCGUCAAAGAUGCCAGCUUUCAACUUCUCCAUGGUCAAUCCUGGAAAAGCCUGGCACAAGUAAGUGAAGCAGUCACCAUCCUUGUCCAGAGCCUUGGUGAACUGCUUGAUUAAGCCGAGCUUGAUGUGCAGCGGUGGGAAGAGUAUUCUGUCUCUGUCCACCAGAGGGUCAUUGAUGACGUUCCUUUCUUUGCAAGGCACCAAUUCCUCCCACACAGGCCAGUCCUUCUUCGUGUAAUGCUGAGCACGGUCCCUACUAUCCCACAUGCACAGAAAACAUGGGUACUUGGUGAAGCCAGACUGUUGUCCCAACAAAAAGUUCACCAUCUUCAGGUCAACACAAAUAAACCACUUAUGCUGAUCAUAACCACUUUUCUCCAGCACAUACUUCACCGCUUCAUAGUUCUCCUUCAGUGUACUCGAGUGAGCCAGGGGUAUAGAGGCAAACUGGUUGCCGUUGUGUAGCAGAACACAUUUCAGUGAUCACUUGCUGCUGUCAAUGAACAGUCUCCAAUCUUUGGGUUUGUACUGUGGCACUCCAAGCUUGAGCAGAAGCUGCACAAUAUCUGCACAGUACACCAAGUCCUUCUCUUACGAGAAAAAAUGGAGGUACUCUUGAUGCCUGUUGCGGAAGAAGCUGAUGCGAGCACUGUCAGAGAGGAGGUUUUUUUCCUUCAAUCUGGAUGCCAACAGUUUGGCAGAGUCCUUUGACAAGCUGAGGUCACGAACUAGAUCAUUCAACUCCUUUUGGGAAAAUGGAUGUGGAGCAUCACCUUCAAGAACCACUUCUUCUUCUUCAUGUCCUUCAACACUGGCGGCAUCUUCGUCACUAAUGUCAGAAAGUUCUCCGAAGAUAGGCACUGGAAUUUCAUCACAAUGAGCUACAGGACAACGUGCUGAUUAAAGAUCAGGAUACUUCGUGGGGCGGCUGCCCCAUUAACUUAGUUUUGAUCCCCCAACUUUAUGCUUUGCUGCACCAAUUUAUGGAAGAUUUCUAGGUUUUAUGACUUCAAAGUGAUCCCUUUUCGACAUAAUCACCCAGAACUAUCAGACCUGAAUACUUCUUGCCAUUAAAAUAAUCAUUUCCAAUCAAAACAAUUAUUUGACAUGGCAUUUUACCCCCACCAACAACUUCUAAAAUGCUCCACACAAGCGUACAUGUGAACAAAAACAUAAAAAAACAACAUGUGGCCAUAGCUCAAAAACUUGACCUGAUUGAGCAAAACCAAUGUAAUUUUUUGAGUCAGCGCAUCAGAUUUGUCCUAAAUCAACUGAAAAAACGCAGACAACAAAUUUGUUGUUGACCAGUGUUAUCUAUAUCUCCAGUUAAGUCUCCAUUUCUACAUUGUGUUAAUCAUUUGUUACAUUUUAUCUAGCCAGCUACUAGUUUUGAUGUUCCUUCAUCUAUUUCCAUAUAGGCUUUUGGAUGAUUAGCAAGCAUAAUAACUGUUGCUUUAGUGCAUUGCUGAAUAAAGCCUGCAGUGUUUUUAAAGAACAAGGUGUUCCUUUUUAUUUUGAUAUAAUGCUGUGCUCAGUAAAUUACUUGCAGUAAUUUCUAGUUAUAUAAUUGCUGCAGGCAUCUAGAUGAUCCCAUUAUGAUACAGUCCACGUUCCAAGUAUAUUAUGCAUUUUAAAUAAAUACACAUUCUAAUUUUUAAAUACACAUUUUAAAUAAAUACACGUUCUAAUUUUUCAGAUUUUUUUCUGAUAUUCGUCUGUAUUAUUGACACCCUAGUUCGUUUGCACCAUUGCAGCUACCUGCUGCGCCAUAAUGCCAUCAUGUUAAAUAACACCAGACUGCUUGACUAGCUGUACUCAUUUCUAGUUCAUUGCAUUUUCUGGCACAAGGAGGCUGCAAACCUUUGGCCAUAAUUUUGGUAUCGGACAGAAUUUUCUCACUGAAUACUUGAAACGUGGCCAAAAGGAUGUGGUGGUCCAGAUUGCUUUCCAUCCUUCAUCACAGAUAAUUGUUUGUUUCUCAGAUUGUGGUCUGAGAAUGUUAAACCUAUAGCUUAAAGUCCCAGUCAACAAUUAAUUUUAGACAGUAGCUAUAUUUUGAACUGAUUGAGAUCUGGGGGGCCAGCAGCAAUGGUUCCACCCACCAACAUGCUCCCAGUGAAGUAGAGUUACAGGCAAAGAAGGGCUCUUGAACUGAUUCCUCCUUUGUGUGAUUAAGAAGUUUAGAAAUGCUUAUGGGUGGGUGAGUGAGUGAGUGAGUGAGUGAGUGAAUGUCUUACCUUAAGAUUCCAUAAAUGUCCUACUUCAAGCAAACACCUGACCACAAUGGCAAAUCUCUGUGGCAUUUGGACAAGCUGUGUUGCAUCAAUAUGGGACUCUUGCAGUGGCUGAGAAGAAAAGUGUGGUUGUGAUGGAGCAGCAGAUGAUGGAUCCCAACAUGGAUGGCUUCCGGGAUGCAGUAAAUCAAACAGUAGUGCUUUGAUGUUUGUGGGCAAGGUGGCAGUGCAGCUCACAGGCUUCCAUCCCCAUCUUCCCACAAAGUUAAACUGACUUUAUUUCAUGGCUUUUCCUCAAGGAGUUUUGUGAAGAUAUUGAAAAUUAUCAGCUAAAGAAGUCCGCUUCAUAGAACUACAUAAUUUCUAGGCUCUAAAGAGAUGGGGAGUGGCUGUAAAAUCACUUUAAGUUACUACUUUGCAAGGAAUCCUUUCACCCCUCCUGCUUCUUUGAGCUCCUACUCCAGUUUUGCUUUAGAAUGUUCUAGAAUUAGUCAAGCUAUCUUUGCUGAACAAGAGUACCACCAGUCAAAACUUUUGACUCAAAAGUAUAACCUAUACCAGGCAUAGGCAAACUCAGCCCUCCAAAUGUUUUGAGACUACAGCUCCCAUCAUCCCUGACCACUGGUCCUGUUAGCUAGGGAUGAUGGGAGUUGUAGUCCCAAAACAUCUGGAGGGCCAAGUUUGCCUGACCUAUACGUUCAGUACUUUUACCCGAAUAAAGUGUGUUGUAAUCGCUUUUUAAAAGCAAAACAACAGUAUUUUUCCAACUUUCUCCUAGACAUGUUUACUCAGAAGAAAAUCCCAUUGGUUUCAGGGGAGUUUAUUUCCAAAGUCAUAUGCUUAGGAUUGCAAACUGAAAGGCAUGCCCAGACUCACCCAGGUCACAGAGGACAUCUGCUGCCUUAGCAGUGGCACCAGCUACUGUGAAAUGUUUGCAUAUGUCACAGAGGAAGUUAAAAGUUGACACAAGCCUCUCCUCCUUAUUCUUAUAACGUUAUACAUGAUAAAAUAUUGCUGUCUUUCUCGCCAAAAGCCGCUUAGAAAAAGACAUAGUGGUGUUAGCUGGUUCAAAGUAAACAGAGUCAGACAGGUUUUUAUUACAUAAAGGUGUAAAGUCCACACAUGCCAACAGGUCCCAAGUUCAAAUGAAAUAUCCAAGCUAAGUAAGCCUCUCUUUUUUACUUCUUUUACUCUUUUUUUACAAGAUUAGUUCUAACCUUGGGUAUUUUGUGGUUCUAAUUCAGCUUCCCCCAAGCUAGUGCCCUCCAGAUGGGCUCCAACUCACCUCAUCCCUAGACAUUAUCCAUGAUAGCUGGGGCUGACAGCAACAUCUGGAAGGCACCAGGUAUGGAUAGGUUGUUCGAUUUAAGCAGUAGCCUAUAUGAGUAGCCUAUAUGGGAGGGGAAAACUACCACCACAACCCCAGGGAGCAUAGGACCCAACUCCUAGGGGUUGAGAUCCCUUUGCCCCCCCCAUAAAAUAUUUGAGGGGGCGGGCCCCUGAUGUUGAUGGGCAUUGCCAUUCAAUUGGUAUGUGUGAUCGAUUAUGUGAUGUGGGGCUUGCCUGGGUCCCCUGAUAUUUUAUUCAAGUUGGCAAAUCUGCCAGGGAGGUUUGCCUGGGGUCUUCAUAGUUUUAGGCGCCAGGCAAAAGCGUUCCUCUUCAACUAGGCUGAUUAAUAUUCUGCAGCCUUUUAAAUGUUUCUGUGAGGAGUGGGGUGUUAGUGUUUUGUUGUUUUGGUUUAAUUAUUUACCUGUGUUUUAUCUUGCAUUUUAUUCUGUAAACCGCCCGGAGAUCUUUUGAUGAAGGGAUGUAUAUGCAUUUAAUAAUGAUAAUGGUGUUACAGUGGUAAAGUGUUAUGUUCAGAAAACCAUCUAGGUGGUCUCAGCCUGGACCCUUUUCAAUGUUAUACAGUGGAAACCUCAGGUUACAUACGCUUCAGGUUACAUCCGCUUCAGGUUACAGACUCCGCUAACCCAGAAAUAGUGCUUCAGGUUAAGAACUUUGCUUCAGGAUGAGAACAGAAAUCAUGCUCUGGCGGCGCAGCAGCAGCAGGAAGCCCAUUAGCUAAAGUGGUGCUUCAGGUUAAGAACAGUUUCAGGUUAAGUACGGACCUCCGGAACGAAUUAAGUACUUUACCCGAGGUACCACUGUAUAUUUAUUCUGGACUACAUUGCAGACUUCUUGUAAGCGUUCCUGAGAAGAAGUACUUAAGCUGCCAUUCUAACCCCACUGAUGUGGAAGUAAGCCCCAGUGAAUUCAGUAGGACUUAUGUCUAAGUAGAGAUAGUAAGGAUUGUGUGGUAAAUGUGCUUGAAAUGCACUAUAUCAGGUGUGGGGAACUGUUGAGCCUCCUGAUGUAUCUGAAUUGCAAUACAGUCAUACCUCUGGUUGUGAACGCUGCGAGUUGCGCAUUUUCGGGUUGCAGACUGCGCCAAACCCGGAAGUACCGGAAUGGGUUACUUCCGGGUUUCAGCACUUGCACAUGCGCAGAAGCGCAAAAUGACGUUAUGCGCAGAAGCGCUGAAUCGCAUCACGCAUGUGCGCAGAUGCGGCGCUGCGGCUUGCGAAUGCUGCGGGUUGCGAACGUGCCUCCUGCACGGAUCAUGUUCGCAACCUGAGGUAUGACUGUAGUUCAGAAGCUUCCGGAGGACCAAAUUUUCUCCACACCUUCACUAUAUAAAUGCUUGCUUUUAUUAUUGUUAAGUAGGACGCAGUGUAACCAUUUCCUUUUGCAAUUCCCUGAUUAUUUUAUUUUAUUAUUUUUCAUCAAGGUUUGGUAUUCUUCCAGAUUUACUGUGUCAAUUUGGAGAUUCUCUUGCUAGGUGGCUAGAAAAAAUAUGUGUCUUUUAUCAUGCCAGUAGUGAAACAUAUGAGGCAGCCUUAUACUGAGUCAGAGUAUUUGCUCAUCUAGCCCAGCAUGGUAUUCUGUGAUGAGGUGCCUCAUCACUGUCUCAGGCAGGCAGGGGAAGGGGGAUUUCCAGCCCUGCUACCAGAGUUAAAAAAGAGAUUAUACAGCAGAUAAAUUAAAACCAUCCAAGUCAGAAUAAAAACCAGAGAUAAUAAAAAUAAGUUCUCCUAACCACUCCUAUUUUGAGGCAUGGACUUUUUGCAAAAGUACAUUUUGUUUUUAAAGAACAGCAAUAUAUCACUCAGAUACUCACAUUUUAUUCAAUGGAAUGAUGCAUCAAGUUUCCCUCAGGGUUUCUAUGCCUCUUACUUUUUGAGCUUGCGAAAACCGAAGUUGUGUUUUGGCCUUGCUAUGUUCUCUGUUUUUGGUUAGCUGUGGAUUGGCAAUUUUCAGGGCACAAAUGUUGGCUGGGAUCCAAAGAACAACUGCUUAUUAUGUCCUAUGUAUGCUUUUGACUUGUUUCUUAAACAGUGCUCUCUUACCCAAGCUGCGUGGUAAACUUGCCUUUGCAAAUGUGGGUUGUUUCAAAAGCCAUUACGCAUCUGGCAUGGUCAUCUGCUGUUUGUUUGUGUGUGCGCACGUGCGCGUGCCAAAGUAUCUCUCUUUGGAACAUGGACUUUCUAUUUUGAUUUCAUCUAUUUAUCUGUUAGGGGUGGGGAAGAAAUUUAGUUAUGUUUGCAUUUAAAAGGGAACCUAAUUAAGCAAUAUGCAAACAGUCAUCCUUUGAAAUUUGCAUGUCUUCAAAUUUUGCAAUGCAGAUCACCUACCAAGUAACGUCAACAAAAACGCAUUUGCUAGAGUAAAAUAUGCAUCAAAAUCUAUAUAUUACUGAAAAUACUAUCAAGCGAGCUGGACUAGAUGAUCCUCAGGAUCCCUUCCAACUCUGAUUCUAUUAUUCUAACGUACUGUAUUAGAGGAAAUUGCUUUGCAGAAAUGUAUAUGUUAGGCAAACCUGCAUACCAAUAUGUGUAUAUUAGUAGAAAUUCGCUGGUGAAUUUUCAGGAGUACUUCUGAUAUGCAAAUGCAGAGACCUGGACUUUAAAACUGAAAACAUUAGAAACUGAAAUUGAUAUAUCCAUCCAUCCCUACUUUCUGUGCAUCCAUUUUGCUCAUCUUCUUUUUACUACUACUGUUUUCCCACUACAUUGAUUUUAUGUUGGCCAUGUUUAAUUAAGGAACUAUAUUCAUGUAGUCCCACCCCAAAAAAUCUCUCAUUCAUCUCUCUUUUGUUUCAGGGUUUACAAUGGUUGAUACAGAAAUGCCGUUUUGGCCCAUGAACUUUGGAAUUAGCCCAGUGGACUUCUCUGGGAUGGAUGAACACUCGCAUUCCUUUGAUAUAAAGCCUUUCACUACAGUUGAUUUUUCAAGCCUUUCUUCUCAACAUUAUGAGGACCUUCCUCCUCUCACAAGAACUGAUCAGAUGGCUGUUGACUAUAAAUAUGACGUGAAGUUUCAAGAAUGCCAGAGUAUGUCAGAUUUCAAAUGUUUGGUUCCUUUUAGCCAUUGGGAAGGGUUUAUGGAUCUUUCCUUUUCAAUAGUGUAUCUGAAACAUAAAGCUCUCCCCAUUUGUUUAAACUAAACAUAGUAUAUAGUCUAUUUACAUUUUUAUCUAAAUGUAUAUAACUAGGAUGUCUUUAUUCUGAUCAGGCCUUCAACCCUGUAUGUUUACCUCGGUUGAAACUACUGUUUGAAUGAGAUAUCCAGUUCUGGUUUAGAGGCCAACUAUGAUUUGUGGCAAUUAAAAAUUUUCCAGGUUUCAUGUCACAGCAAACUAUGAUUACUGCAGCUAUACUUUGCUGUAACAUCUAGGCUGUACAAAUUGUCAGCCAAGAUGUUUAUGAUCGGAGUGGAGAGGAGAAGGUAUAGGAAGAAUUGGGUGUGUGACUCUGAGGGCAAAACCAUGAUUUGGUUAUGACACCUGACCUGGCCAAUGGUUUGUCCAAGGCACGCCACUGAGUUAAUGACUGAAAUGAUAUUUGCCCCACACAUUCCCAGCUCAUAGUUCAGGCUGUUGACCUAAUACCUUCUCAAUAGCCCUUUGCUAGAUGUGGCUGGUUCAUAGGUACAUUUAAUUUAUUGAUUGCUAAUUGCAACUAGAUAGAUCUGUUGCCAGUUUUGCCUAUGUUAACAAACAUUUCAAGAUUACAGUUAAUUCCCCUUUAAAACUCUUUCUCUUGUUCAGAUGAAAUCAAGAUGGAGCCUCCUUCUCCACCAUACUUCUCAGAAAAAGUGCAGAUGUACAAUAAACCUCAUGAAGAGACCUCCAAUUCUCUAAUGGCUAUUGAAUGCAGGGUUUGCGGAGACAAAGCGUCUGGAUUCCAUUACGGAGUGCAUGCAUGUGAAGGCUGCAAGGUAGGCAGUCUUCAGUUAAAUUUGUCCCUUUAAAAACGUUUUCUAUCAUUUCAAAACAUUUAUUCCUUUGCCAUGAUCUGAGAUGCGAGAUCACACAGCUUCUGAUGACUGAACAGGACAUGGAACUUUCACAUAUUUUAUCUGUUCUAAGCUGAUUUCUAAGCUGAAAUGCCUUCCAUUUCUAGUUGAAAUGGAAGCUGAAUCAUAAUAUUCUAAGGAGACAAAAUGCAUCUUCAGGUAGGAGUUCAAGGGCCUCCAAAUAAACAGAAAUCACACUUCUCACAAGAUGUCCAAAACUGUUCAAGCUAUAACAUUAUUAUUAUUUUUUGUCAUACAUAGUCUUUCAAAUGACAGAAAUGCAUUUCUUUAAAACAGCGCUGUAAAUAUUUUUUAAAAAAUAGGUAUAAUUUAACCCAACUUGUUUCUCCAAAUUACUAUUUAGGAUAUUAUUUUUGCAAAGUUACAAUCAAUAAAAUAAACAAUUGUUACACCUAAAGUCAAUAUUUUUCUACUAUCCUACAUGUAACAAGUUCGUAACUUGUAGUUGUGUUAAUCAUAGCUACCUCCAAGCCUGCAUGCUUGUGAUGGUAAUCAGUGCUUUAAAAAAAAAUGUUUAGGGGUACUCUCAUUUUCCUACUUAUAUUGAAAUACUGCCAAAUACUGAGGCCAAACUUAGAUUCACAAAAUGUUUAGGGGUAUGCAUACCCCUGCAUCCCCCCAGAGAAAAAACACUGAUGGAAACAUCCAUUGAAACCAAGACAACCUUAUUUUAAGUAAAUAUAUUUUAUAAAAUACUGCACUCUUCUGUUUGAACUUCUGAGCAAUGGGUUGUUGUUUGUAAUGUGAAUAAUUUCCCCUUACAUAUUGUGGCACAGGUCUCUCCGGAAUAAAUGGAUAGAUGUUCAUUUUUACAGAUAAGGCAGGAAGCAAUGGAAGACUCCUUAUAACUAAUAUUUUCUCCCCAUUCCUUCAUGCCCAUUGAAGGGUUUCUUUCGCAGAACAAUCCGGCUAAAGUUAAUCUAUGAUCGGUGUGAUCUCAACUGUCGCAUUCAUAAGAAAAGCAGAAAUAAAUGUCAGUACUGCAGAUUCCAGAAAUGCCUUGCAGUUGGAAUGUCACAUAACGGUGAGAAUAUUGCUUUCGUCGUCUUCUUCUUCUUCUUCCAGUAGUUUGGCAUUAUGACAUAUUUUGAUGUAUAAACAAGUUGUGUCACCUGCAGUUUCCAAACCAUCUUCAAAGGCAGCCCCAUGUAAAACACAUUGCAGCAGUGGCAUAGCGUGGGGGGUGCGGGGGGGGCCGGCCGCACCGGGCGCAACAUCUGGGGGUUAGGGGGCGCAAAUCCACGGGUUAGGGGGCACAAAUUACUUGCCUUGUCCCGGGUGCUGACAACCCACGCUACGCCACUGCAUUGCAGUAAUCUAACCUCGAGGUUGCCAGAGCAUAGACAGCAGAGGUUAGGUUAUCCCUGUCCAGAUAGGGGUGUAGCAGGGCCCACAGCUGAAUCUGAUGGAAGGCACGUCACACAGCACUGAAGACAUUUGAGCCUCAAGCAACAGUAAUGAAUCCUGAAGUACCCACAAGCUACAUGUACAAACUUAGGUGUAUGGCUGAAAAUAAAGAGAGCCCAAGGGCCAGCUCACACAGGCGAAUAGUUUCUAUGUGACCCCACAGAUAGAGCUUUGAGUAGGGAAGAGUAUGAUGUGAAGUGUUGCUCCUAGGAUACACGCCCACUGUGGUUACUGGAGCUCUGUUUGAAACCCAGCAAUCACAAAAACUGAAGCAGAACCAUUAAGUGCUGCUUCACACAGCAGCCCAAGCACAAAGUUCCUUCCAGAAAGAAGAAGAAACAUGCUCACCAAGCCAAACAGCUGGUUGAGAUCUGCAUUUGUCAGCGAUAUGCUGUUAUUUAUGUGCCGUGCCUGUUGUACACAAGCAAUAUUUAUCAUUCUUUAAGUUCCCAUCACUACUGCUGUUUUCUGUUGUUAUUGCAUCAUGGUAUCUCAGGCAUACAUUUAGAAAUAAGCUGUAUCCUUCUGUUUCCAAGAUAAUACAUGGAAUAUAAAUGUAAAGGUAAAGGGACCCCUGACCAUUAGGUCCAGUCGUGACCGACUCUGGGGUUGCGACGCUCAUCUCGCUUUACUGGCUGAGGGAGCUGGCGUACAGCUUCUAGCUCAUGUGGCCAGCAUCACUAAGCUGCUUCUGGCAAACCAGAGCAGGCACGGAAACGCCAUUUACCUUCCCACCGGAGCGGUACCUAUUUAUCUACUUGCACUUUGACGUGCUUUCGAACUGCUAGGUUGGCAGGGGCAGGGACUGAGCAAUGGAAGGUCACCCCGUCAUGGGGAUUUGAACAGCCAACCUUCUGAUCGGCAAGUCCUAGGCUCAGUGGUUUGACCCACAGUGCCACCCGUGUCCACAAUGACACCCGCAAUAUAGAGGUUACUAAAAAAAAUGGACAGCACAGGUACCACACAUUUGGAUAAAAAAAUAUAUACUACAUGAGGAGUGGACUAUUUGUCAUCGGUGCCUCAAAUUCUAUCAUAUAUAGCUGUGAAUUUGAGUAUGGAAGUCUGUGGGGGGAAAUUGAUUUGGGGAGUUGUAGAAAAGUGGUGGGUAGGAAAGGUGGUGGGUAGGAAAGGACUUGAGCAUCUUCUCUGCCUCCACCCCCACUAUUAUGUGUUGAAAAUCUUCCGUUCCCACAGUGGGCAGAUGCUGCUGAACUACAACUCUCAUCAUCCCUGACCAUUGGCCUAGUUAGCUAAAGUUGAUGGGCGUUGGAGACUGACAACAUCUGGAAAGAUGGUGGUCUUCUACUCCCACCCUUAAUGACCACAGUUUUAGAUAGCUUAGUCUUUAUUGUUGUGUGAGGUCCAAGCCAAGACUUUGUGUGCUGACGCAGGACAGUUUAAAAUACAUCCUCUCUGUCCUUUAAGGUUAUCUUUAUAAAUUCAUGUGAAAAUACCUAACAUCCUAAUCCUUGAGAGAAGAAAUUAUAAUGAAGAUUCUGGAGACUUUCCUUGGCAAAGCCAGAUGAAAACAGGAAUAGAAUGUCAUAACAUAAAGACUUAUGUAAUUCAAAGAGAAAAGAAUUGCAGGCAUGACUGGGAAAAUAUAGUCAGUGUGGUUUUUGUUAUUCUCAUAAUAAAAUGCAGUUUGCUGACGCCAAAAGGAAAUCUUAAUUUGGUAUGCUAAUACCAACAAACAAAUUGUUAUGAUAAAUAUUCUCUCAAAUAUGAUUUUGUGUUUUGUUUUUUUAAGGACAAAAACCUUCACAAAUAUUUUUGUAGAACUUCUUAGACUUUCACUCUUGUUAAGAAAAGCUUUUAAAAGAUAAAACCAAAUUACAGUGACUCCCGCUGAAACCUAUGCUUCAUACUAGGAAUCAGAAUGAAAAAUGUAGCAAUUCUUUAAAAGAUUUGGCAGUAGUUUUAUAUCUCCGUCUCCUUGGUAUGUUGCACCAAUUCUUGCAGCUGUCUUAUAGCUCCCUGUCUUUCAGUGUGGACUGUAGAUCUAGGCUGUUUCUUCAUCAUUGUGAGUGGGAACUAGGUGCUGAUGUUUCCCUUGAAUAUAGGAUGAGCUUUCUGCCUCAUCCAGAGUUAAUGUCAUUGUCAUUGUUCUACCAUCUGAUGAAGUUUAGUCUGAUGCCUGCCCUCCUUCUGCUGUCUACACCCAUGUAUCAUUGAACCAAAGAAGACAGACGUGUAGCUGCUGAAUUCACAGCUCACCACAACUGCCAACACAAGCCCAUCCUGAUCAGUAUAUUGACUGUCAGGAUAGACGAGAGCUUAAGGGUGGUAGUCAGCAGUUCAAAAGCAUACCAGCGUGAGUAGAUAAAUAGGUACCACUGUGGCGGGAAGGUAAACAGAGUUUCCGUCACAGUGUCCCGUUCCGCCAGAAGUGGUUUUGUCAUGCUGGCCACAUGACCCGGAAAAGCUGUCUAUGGACAAAUGCCAGGUCCUUCAGCCUGAAAGCGGAGAUGAGCACCGCAUCCCAUAGUCGAAUUCGACCGGACCUAACUGCCCAGGGGUCCUUUACCUUUAACUAGUCAGCUAACUAUUAAUCAGGGCAGACCCACUGACAACAGGGGCCAUUUUUAACUUAGGUCAAUUAUUUUUAACGAGUCUACCCUUAAUAAACAUUAGUUGACUACAACCCAUGGCGUAUAAUAUUACUCCAGACAAAGCUAGCUGUUAAGCAAGUCAUGUGGCUGCUGGGAGGAUCUGCAACCCUGUUUCAAGUUACCCUGUCUCCGCUCCCCUGUAGUGGCCCACUUUGCAUGGAGAGAUCACUCCAAUGUUCCUCCUCCUCCUCUCUAGCCGGCAAAGAAAACAAACCACAAUCCCUGGUUUAGUGUUAUGUCCGAGCCAGGGAUUGUGGUUUGUUUCACUCCAAGCAGGCUGUGACCGGAAAGCCAAGAGCAAACCUUGGCUCAGCAUGGUAGUUUAUUAUCAGUACAAGAAACUGUGAUCUCUUGUUUGUAUAUAACAGGGAUUUUGAUGUGUUUCCCUUGUUUGCUAGAGAGCAAGAACAAAGCGGGAGCCUUCUGUGCAUUCAUAGUAAACUUUUACAUAGUAAACUUUUACAUAGUACUAUUGCUGUGACAUGCAAACACUGUCGUACAACUUACUUAACCUUGUCCCUAAACUAGAACUUUAGCUGCUGCUGUCAAAGGACAUGAAGAAACACAGUAUAAUAAUACUGGAGUAAGUUUUAUGUUACAUGAAAAGGGAAAGUACAGUACUUGAAAAUGGAUUGCCAUUUUCAGCUACAGGCCUGUGCCUUUUGUAAUACCAAAUGCCACCCUCACUGAUAAAUACGCCUCCCAUUUCAUGCUAGCUAGUUAUCCAACAGGUUAACUUUCUCCUCACAUGCUUCCCAGUUAUUGUAUGUUUUUGCUAGGAAGAGCAAACACUGUGUAAAUUGUUUGUGACUUCACUAUUUGGAGUUACAAGGAUACUGAUAAAUGUGCUACCUCAGAUUUUCAGUGCAAGAUCUCACCACAACAUCACACAUAGUUAGCAAAAUGAUAAAAUCAUGAAAGAUCAGACUUUUCUACAUUUGUAUGGAUUAACGCAGGCUUCCUCAACCUCGGCCCUCCAGUUGUUUUUGGCCUACAACUCCCAUGAUCCCUAGCUAGCAGGACCAGUGGUCAGGGAUGCUGGGAAAUGUAGUCUCAAAACUUUUGGAGGGCCGAGGUUGAGGAAGCCUGGAUUGAUGUAUCAAUUCCACUGGGUGUUCAGAAAAUAGCGUAGCAUUGAAACUACUAGUUAUUGACUAAAAUAAAUUAUAUUCAUGACUAUUUAUAAACAACGGGAAAGUUAUAACAAAUUUUCAACUCAACUGUGCCAAAACUCUUAUUCAUAUUCCUAAUGAACCUGAAUAUAUUGUUGAAUACAACAACAUAAUUUUAACCUGACCAUAUUUUUCCAUACGAGGACUUGCCAUUUUAGGGUGAUAGCCUGAUUGCCUGGAUUUUCCAUCAGCUAUCACAUCCUGUCAAUCAUCUAUAGUUGCUUUCUAUGACUUGAGAAGGGAAGCCACAUGGCACAAUGCAACUUAAGCUGACCUCCAGCACUUGAGGUUUAUAGCACUUACCUAGGAAAUUCUCAGAUUGUUAAAGGUGUAAUGUGCUUUACUGUGAGUUUAUUGCAGGCAAACACAGCAGGGCAGCUUAGGAACACAGGGAUUGUCAGUUGCCUGCUCUAUUAAGGGCUAUAAAGCCUAAGUACAUGGAAAUGUGUGGUAGAAAUGAAGACUGUAAAUAAUACCGUCGCCACUUUUAGGAAGGGAAGCACACAGCUCUUCAAGAUACAUAGAAUACAUACAGCUGAAACUGCAAAACAUUCCAAAGUAGCCCCACAUUGACAAUUCCUCACUGUUUCCGGAGCACUAAGACCUCCUUGCAAUGGUGGUGCUUCAGAGGGAGAAGAGCCGACUUUGCAGGAUAAAUUGAGGCAGAGGUGCUCAGUGUUUGGAGUGCUAGUGAAUGACCCACAACACCACAGUGGGCGCUCUGCAGCACUAAAUUGAGGGACAAUUCAGCCAGAAUAUUAGAGGUCUUGGUAACCUCAAAAAUCCUGUUGGGUCCAGACAUAGCCCACAGACCAUGGGUUAGCUACCCCUAGUCUAUAGACUAAGGGCUACAUUUUCGUUUCCUAUGUCUUUUAAUCCAACACUUUGAUCACAGACAUAAUGCAUGUACAAAUUCACCCAGCAAGAACAAAAUCAACCUAUUUGGAUGCUGAGAUUUUCCACAUGCAGGCUUUGGGGUAAUGUAUGAGGCUUGAGGAUACGCAGUAAACCAUUCCUCCCAACAGCAAAGCGUCAGGCAGCUUGACAAUGAUUUCUCACUGGCAACUGUUGUUGGCAAUUGAUGAAAUGUAUAGGCUGUCUGCGCAGGGGGAAAAGCAUACUGCAUGCUGGAGUCCAAAGCAAAUAUCAGUAGGCCAUUUAUUCAAAGGCUUCUAUUGGAAGAAACCGUAGGGAGGGGAUAUUUUCAGAAAGAUGUCUAAAUUUACACUAUACUGAGAGAGCCUCUGCUCCCUGUGGAACUGCUAGGCCCCAUUCAGUUCUGAUAGUGGUGUGAAGAAUUGAUCCCAAAAGUACCCAGACUGAAAUGGCUGGAGAUCCGGGAGGUGUUUCUUCUUGGGAACAGGGUUCACUGAAAGCAAACUAUGGUGGAAAUAAAUCAGUGUCCAUCCCCGGUGACAAGCACUGAAGCAAACUGCUGAUCAAAGUUUUCCUUGUGUUUGGGGCCAUCGGAGGCUCUUUCCAGGUGUGAGGAAAAUGCUGCUUCUGACCCAGCAACAUGAUGUAACCAAGGGUGUGUUGAGUGCUCACAUACUAAAAAUAAAUAUAUAAAUAAAAGUGGCUCUUGGAAACUGUGCAAAGUUGCUGUGCAGUGUAUAGGGAGAUAAUGGUGCACACCUCAUUUAUCAAAUGUCUAAUCUAGCAUACUCCCACAGCCUGGCCACAAUUCAUCCUCCCACUUUCCCCUCCUUUAUUUCAAGAGACUUAUUUUCAGAGACGCUUAAGAUUCAGAGAGGCUUAAAUUUGUUUAUUGGUACUGAUGUAUUGAGAUUUGACAGCUCUGAUGAAGGCCAGCCUAAUCAUGAGGCGCUGGCAACACCAGUCACCUGGCCACCCAACUGCCGAAUACACAUGCCCUUGAAAUGAAUUGGAGCCUCUCUAUUCAGGCUUCUAGUCGAAUGAACAAAAUACCUCUAAAUUUUCCUAAUAACCACACCACUUGUUGCAGGCUUGUGAUCUCAGAUUGCCAAACCCAGUUGCUCUCAGGAACUGGUCUAUGAAGCUCUAUCACGGCCUGCACAUUUUAUGGGUUUAUCAAUAUGUUUCCAUUCUUUAUAAUGCACUUUCCCCAUUUUUUUAUUUAAAAAUCCAUCUUGAAAAGCUGUAGAAGAAGACUUUCCCUAUAAAAAUAGCAUUUGCAAAGAGUUUUACAAUUGCAUGUUAGCUGCGCUUCAUUCCUGUUGUAACAUUUUCCUUUCCCUGCUCUCCUUUCUUCAGCUAUCCGGUUUGGGCGAAUGCCACAGGCUGAGAAGGAGAAGCUCUUGGCAGAGAUUUCAAGUGAUAUCGACCAGCUAAAUCCCGAGUCUGCUGACCUGCGGGCCCUUGCCAAGCUCCUGUAUGAUUCAUACAUCAAGUCCUUCCCGCUAACCAAAGCCAAGGCGAGGGCGAUCUUGACAGGAAAGGCAACAGACAAAUCGGUUAGUUCUCUCUGCUUCCUAUUCUCUUCUUCGGGCAAAUGAUUUACCAUACUAACGGAUCAGUAUUUUAUGUUAGUUUGUUUUUAAAGCCUCCUGCAUUUGGCAAUUACAUCUUUCAAGCUAGGAAACACAGGAAAUGUUUUUAGAUAGGAUAAGUAAACAUUAUUUGAAUAACCUAAUAAAAUAUUUGAAUGCAGUACAAGAAUGCGAAGGUCAGCAUAACCUUUUUGGACUUGCUGAGCCCCACUUCUUCCUGUUCCGUCACCCUGUUUUCCAUAGGUUAUCUCCCACAUUAAUCCAGCCGGGCUAUCCAGUAGAGAAGAUGCUGUAAUACUUAUUUCAAACAUCCUGAGCAUCGUAUGCUGCCUAUGCAGACCAGGUCCCUAAAGAUCCAUUCCUAGGCAAAUGUCGCUUCUGGCCUUCCUUCCUUGUGAUUCAUGCUGGUACUGCCACCAGACUUUUGCAGAGUGUAACACUUUAUACUAAAAUCCAGCAUUUAUUCUUUCUUCGAAUUGUGCACCUUGAGUCAGCUCAUGUAUUUCUUUUUCCUCACAAGAGAGGUUUUAUUUUACUGAUAAAAAUCUCUAAAAUGACUGCUCCAUUUGUGAUCUAAGGCACUGUGUUUGUUCCAGUGGGGUACUCAAGGCUCCAGCCUGCAACAGGCUUCACUCUUGUCUCGACUUAAAAGAAGAGGACAGGCCUUUCUACCUCUGGAGCUUCACCCAUCGUUAAAAUUAUCCUCUCAUAGAGCUCUGGUUAUUUCUCACUGCAAGUGCUUUGUAAAACUGCAGGUGCCAAGCACUGUCUUAAAACUAGAUGCAUCUUCCCCCUUCUCUCUCUCACACACACCUUUUCUAAGAUAAUACUCACUGCUCUGCAUAGGUGCAUCGUCUAAAACAGGCAUAGGCAAACUUGGCCCUCCAGAUGUUUUGGGACUACAACUCCCAUCAUCCCUAACCACUGGUCCUGUUAGCUAGGGAUGAUGGGAGUUGUAGUCCCCAAACAUCUGGAGGGCCGAGUUUGCCUAUGCCUGGUCUAAAAUCAAAGGAAGUAUAUUGCUUAAGGAACAUUCACCCCAACCGAGCUUUGGAUUUAUGCAAGUAUAACCAAUACAAUCAAUGACGCAAUUAAAACUCAUGAUCAAUUGAUUUAAGAUGUACUUAAUUGGGUUGCAGCUCGGUAUAGGAAAGCCCUUGCUGGCAAGAAAACUCUUCUUGAGCAAUAUUCAAAGUACUUUUACCACAAAAAACUGCAGUAUCAAGACAAAUGGCUUGGGUUUCAUCAGGUUUCAAAAACUAUUUUGUUUGGGCAGUCAUAGUUGUAUCUUUAGGAAUUAGGAUUGAGGCUUGGGUUUGUGAAAAUAUAAAUCAGGAGGCUUAGUUUGGUCAGAAUCGAGUACAGUCGUAUCUUGGUUUUUGAACAUAAUGUGUUCCGGAUGUCCGUUCGACCUCCGAAACAUUUGGAAACCAAAGCAUGCAGGAGUGUCCUGCAGCCAAUCGGAAGCCGCACCGGACGUUCGGCUUCUGAGGCAAAGUUUGCAAACUGGAACACCUACUUCCAGGUUUGUGACGUUUGAGUUCCGAGUUGUUCGUGAACUAUGCUGUUCAAAAACCAAGGUACACGUGUAUACACUUCCAGAGUAAACACUAAAUACAUUACCACCAUAGCUGCUAGAAGGCUGUGAAAAUUUGUGUCCUGGGCUUUUUUAGACCCACAUACUAUCUGAAACGAAAGAGAUGCAUUAGUUGCCGGGCGUUUAUAUUUUUCAGCUUUCCUACCCCUACAGUUAAACCUGUAGUUUAACUAUAGUUAACGGUAGUUAAACUACAGACCCCUUUAUUUAAGCACAAACCACCUGCAGAGGGAAAAACCAUUAGAGAAAGAAUGAAUUUUAGCAAGCCAAUUCAAGCCUGCAGCCAACAGGUUAACAACCUGCCAACAGAAAAUAGUUGGCCUACUCCCUUGCCCUGGCCACACCCAAAAUGCAAGUAAGCAGGCCUUCCUGCAUUGCCACCACCCAGGACCCUGUAACUCCGGGUAGAUGAUACAGAUUCACCUCGAAAGCAAUCCCAAUUUUGUCCCUGCAUCCCAUAGUCUGAAGCAGCAAAGCUCUGUGCCCACCAAUGACCCUAAAAGCUGCUGAAUGGGGACACUGCACUGAACUUGACUGUUUCCCUUUUGAACAUUCCUGCCACAAAAAGGUGAGGAAACUCGUUUUCAUCACCCUUUUACUCAUUACCAAAAACAAGCAAUACAGAUUUUUUUUGUAGUGCCUUGUGAUACCUCCCUGUUCUGCAUGGGUGUUGCUGUUUGGCUAUACAAGCAGCGGCACUAACAAACUGACCACCAGAAAUAUGAUUCUGAAGCCAAUGUAAAGUAUUAAAUGAUUCUAAGUGGGCAAUGGGAAGGAUUAAGGAAAUCAGAAUCAAAGCACAUAACGAAACAUUUUUGUAUAUAACAUCUAUUGCUGUGUGUGACUUUACUGUAUUAUAAAACAUGGCAGCAUUACAAUCCACAUUAUGACACCAUAAAACUAUUUUAGGCUUAUCUAGAAUAUUGUGGAUUUCAUUGUCCUCUUCCUUUGUUUUACAGAGUCAGUUAUGUUAAUUUAUGCACAGAAUUGGCCCUAAACAUGUUUGAUCAUGCCAUUACAUUUUAUUGUGCUGUUGUGUAUUGGACAACAGCAGACAUUGCAGACUCCUUUGCAACUUUGGAGUAUUCAGAUGUAAGAGAUUGUAAAUCAGUAUGAGUGGUAGGUUCUUCUUAUCUAGAUUGCAUCUGAAUUGCAUCUGAUUCUUUAGAUAGGGUUGGCACAAUCCAAACAAAGUUAAGCACUUUCUAUGUACCAUGGAAUAGGGACGGGGAAGAAAUUCUGUUUGGUUCACAUUUUAAUAUACCCACAAUUUACAUAACAUUUAAUUUGCGCACUUUCAGCUUUACAUGCUUUGUAAAACAACAACAACAACCGCCCCAGGCAUCCAGGAAAAAUCCCACCCAAAAUUUUGGGUUUAGGCUUGAUCCCUGGAACAUAACCCCUUUGUAAGUUGAGGGCUUAGAGUACCUAAUUCACACUUCCAGAAGGCAUGUUGUACACAAAUGAUUUGUACAAAAAAGUGGACAUUGGUGGAAAUUGUACAUCAAAAUGUAUGCAUUAGUGAAAAUAACAUAAGAAAGUGAAAGUCAUUGCAAAAGCAUAUAUAUUGGACAAAAUUAUGUAUAUUGUGCAAAAUGCACACAAAAAUGCUAAAGAUUUUUUGUGUGUUUUUUUUAAUUAAUAUUUAUUGCUUUUCCAACGAUUUAAACACUACAAAAACAAUACAAUACAAUACAAAAACACUACAUAACAUUAACACAUUAAACACAUUAAACUAACAAAACAAAACAAAAACAGUUUAAAAUAAAUCAAACAAUUUCAAUAUCUUAUCUUUCAUUCACUUAUUUCCACGACCUCCUCACACCUCCCUUUUUGUAUUCCACUUCUGUUAAUUGUUUCAGCAAUUCCUUUCCAUCUUCCUCUGUUUUCUAUCCUAUAAUUAUCUUAACACAUUCUAACCUUAUUUUUCCUUUAAUACUCUAUUAAUCUAUUUAUACUUAUUUCCUUAUAACAUUUCUACUAAAGCCAUAUAAUUUCAUUCCAACAUUUUUCUAACAUUCAUUAAUUUUACAAUAUUUCUGUAAAUAGUCCUUAAACCUUUUCCAGUCUUCUUCCACCAAUUCUUCUCCCUGGUCUCGGAUUCUGCCAGUCAGAUUUUUUUUGUUGGGAUUAAAAUAAUAAUAAUAAUAAUAAUAAUAAUAAACUGAUACAUAUAUGUAGCACACCAAAAUUGGUGCCUAACAGUGACUGCAUUCUGCCCCUUGCAAAGCAAUUCAAUCUAUGCCCCAUAUAAUCUGAUUGUGGCAGACACCAGACCAGGAGCACCAGCUCCUGGGGGCAAAGCCCUUUUGGGGCCCGUUUCUGCGCCCCCCCCACAUCAAUACUGGCUACUCCCAUGGGUACUCGGCGUUACAUCAAAGAAGCAUCACAGUUAGUGAUGCAUACAUCUAAUAUUAGUUGAUACUCUCCUUUCUUCCCCAUCUUAAAAAUUAUUUAUUUUCAGCUCAGAAAACCUUUCCACACUGUUCCUAAGGAAAUAGUUUGACAACUGGAGCCCAAGUGCAAUAGUCAAUUUUGAAGAACUGUUGUUACAUCCCUAAUAGCCCUACGGUAGUUAUUUUUGCAAGAUUUGCAAAAGCUUUCAGGGUUCAGUUUGCCCAAGUGAUCUUGUGUUUGGUGAGCUAAGGUGAGCUAGUUAAUUUGGACCAUGUAAGUGACUUUGUGGUGUUUGAACGUCAUGCUAAUGCACUGCUCAUGCAAUUUAUAUGGGGUGUGCUCAUGUGAUCUUGUUUGUCUCUGAACAUUGAAGAACCUGCCACCAGGGUAGAAUUUACCAGCAUAAAACUAUAAAUGAAAAGACAACCCCCUGUAAAAUGGUCUUUCUCAAGCACACUUUAAAAGCACUAUAGUAAGAAUAAAUGCGCUCAUUCAGUAAAUAAUGAGUAAAACUUUUAUUAUUAUUUGUACUGUAAUGGACUUUGUGUUCUGAAAACGUCAAAAUGUUUACUAUGGACACAAUUUAAAGUUAUGUUCCUCGUUUUAAUUGUGCCCACAUCUGCGUCACAUGUAAAUGAUUGGUAAUGCUCUAGUAGUUUGUGCAGUCUAAAAUUACUAAGUAACCAGCCUUUCUCUGGAAUGUACUGCUCUCACUGGCUAUGGCAAAAUAAACUUGCAAGUUACAGAGUCCAUUUCAGCCUCUCCAAUUUGCACCAGUUUGCAUCUUCCUGCUACACCAGCACUGCAUGUUUCCUUACUGAAUUGAAACAUUCAUUUAACAUUUUCUUGGCUAUUGUGAAAUAUCUUUCUUCCAUGCUGCUUAGAACAGAGCAUCUUAUUUAAUAGGUUGCUAACAUUUAUAUCUAUAUCUUCAUCCAAGUAACAGAGCAGUGAAUAGGAACAGAUGUCAUUAAUGAUACGUUGCUUGAGUUUGCCGGAAUAGCAACUCAACUUGAUGUCUAUAAAUGAGAAUAAUUGUGAAUAAGAAAGCCUUGGUUUUUAAAUAGUUACUUGGCAGUCCAGUUUAAUUAAUGUGGUGUGGGUAUUGCAGCUGUGCCUUCUCUUUACCAUUUGUAACUGUAAGCCCAGUAUAUUAUAAUGGAACAAAUGAGUUCUACAUACCCAUGUUCUUUAUUUGAUUAUCACAAACAUAAUGUAAAAUAGCCAUCUUUGAUCAGAUAUCACAGAAUGUACCUGGUUUAACCUCAGGCACAAUAAUUUUUCAGCGGUGGUUGAAAAACCACAAUUAUUCUGAAAGAAUAUAUUCAGAAUACUGUAGUUACAUUGUACUGAAGUGUUCAGUAAGUCUAUGGAAACCCAGAUUAAAUGUUUCCCAUGCCUAAUGUUUCAAACAUAUCAAUACUUCAGAAUACUAAAUUCCUCUGUGCAUUUAGGAUCAAUGGUUUAGGAUGCAACCCUAUACAGAAGAUCCACAAGCUACAGGGGCUGUAUGAAUUUGUGAAAGACCCCCAACAUCAGCAGAAUAUUCAAUAUACUGCUGGCAUGAUGGAUAAGAAUAAGUCUUGAAGUGCUUUAGAGAGCUGAAGGGGAUAUUUAGAAAAUCAAUGAGAUGUCUCUGCUUGCAGAAUCUUCAUACUUCCCAAGGUAUAGGGAAAAUUUAUUUACAGGGAACUGAAUUUUAAAAAUGUCCCGUAACCAAGGAAAUGAGGUAUAGUAUUUCUCAGAUCCAAAAAUGAAAUAUAUAAAUAUCAGUGUAGCUGUCCUACAAAAAGUCCCUGGCCAUUGGGACUGUUGAGAGUUGCCAUCCAACAACAUCUGAGGAGCAAUAUGUUGGCUAUACGUGAUGCACAUUUUAAGUACAUUUAGGACAGUUAUGUACUGCGUAACUGAUCACAUUUAUCCUCAGUUAUCUCAAAUGAAAUUAUUUCUGUAACCUUGCAAUUGUUGCAUUUCGGUUGAAAUGAACUAUUUUGAGGUAGCUUUCAUACAUUUUCAACUGAGAUAAUUGGGUCCAGUCUCAUCCGUAGUAGUUUCCUAGCUGUUGUUGCUAGACUAUGACACCACUGUGAAUUUGCAGUUUCUAUGCUUUGUAAUGUGUGUUUCUAGGGAAAGCACUUGAUGUACUGCAAUUUAAAUCCUGGCUUUAAAGAGUGUUAGUUUCUUAACGAUCCUUCUGAAUUCUUGUAAAAAGAUUAUUUUUUCAGGCUAAAGUAAAAAAAAAAAAUCAAUGACAAUAAUGUGUUUCGAAAAUGAUUUAAAAAAAAACAAUGUUCUUAGUCUGUUUACUUCUUUUUUCAAAUUGAAUUUUACCUUAAAGGAAACUAUGACUUUGUUUAGGGGAACAAAAAUCAAUUUGUUUGCAUGGAGCAAUUUGUAAAGCAGCCUACCUCCAAAAACCUAGGUUCUUUGCAAGCAUGGGAAAAUGUCGUGGCCUGAUUUGCUCACUUGCAGAUGGUUUAAGCAUCCUAACUCUCUUUGCUUUCAUUGCUCUCUGAGGCUUUUGACUUCUAAAAUUACUCCCCUAAGUAUGCCAGUGGAAUACAUACUCAUUCCCUGUCAACUUCUUUCUGUUCUUGAACCAUGAUUCAUCCUUCCUAAUUUCCGUGUGUCUAGUUUCAGUAGCACAGUGUGUUUUAUGUAGGAAGGAAGCCUGACAGUCAGCUGUGUUUUCCUUUUUCAGCCAUUUGUCAUUUAUGACAUGAAUUCCUUAAAGAUGGGAGAAGACCAGAUCAAGUGCAAACAUCUGACCCCCAUGCAAGAGCAGAAUAAAGAGGUUGCCAUCCGUAUCUUCCAGCGCUGCCAGUUCCGUUCCGUCGAGGCUGUUCAAGAGAUCACAGAAUUUGCCAAAAACAUUCCAGGUUUUGUAAAUCUAGACCUGAACGACCAAGUAACUCUCCUGAAAUAUGGGGUUCAUGAGAUCAUCUACACACUCCUUGCCUCCAUGAUGAAUAAAGAUGGUGUUCUCAUUUCCAAUGGUCAAGGGUUCAUGACUCGGGAGUUCCUGAAGAGCCUCCGGAAACCCUUUUGUGACUUUAUGGAGCCCAAGUUUGAAUUCGCUGUCAAAUUCAACGCACUGGAAUUAGACGACAGUGACCUGGCAAUAUUUAUAGCUGUCAUCAUUCUUAGUGGAGGUAAGUGUGACACAACCAUAGUUAUCGUUGGGCUAGAGUGAACCUUGAGCCACCAUGCAUAUUUCAGCACACUAGCUGUAUAGUUUGCCCUGCAAAGGGCUUGAUGCCUUACCUGUUUCUGAAGGACAGGAAAUGGCGGCUGGGUUUACUGAGUCCUGGUAAGCUGCAAUAUAAAGUGCAUGAGUUACCUUGAGAUCUUCAUGGUUAACUCUGAAACUAUUGGAUAAGUAGGCUCUUGCCUUCAAAGGUCCAGUUCACACUAUGGUCACUUCCACACCAUAUGCUGAAAGCACAUGGCUGCCCCCAAAGUGUCCUGGGAACUUGAGUCUGUUAAGGAUGCUGGGAGCAGUAGUUCUGUGAGGGUUUAACUACAGUUCUCAGGAUUCUUUGUGGGUAGCUGUGUACUUCAAAUGUGCUUUGAAUGUAUGCGGUUAAAUUGACCUGCAUAUUCCUUUGAUUUCAUACAGAGGCCACUGGAAGCAAAACAGCCCUCUAAACCCUAGGGCACACAUGAUGCAACUGCUGGCAUGAUAAGUGUUGAUGUGGGUAAUGGGAAGGAGUAUCCACUAGGCACUGCAGUCUCACUUGGAGCAAUCUUCCAUCACCACUCCUGCUUUGGUCACUGUGCUUAAUAUAAAAGGGUGGGGAAAUAAAUGAAGGCCAAUAAAGCAUCUGCCUUUAUGAAAGAUGAAAUUGCCCUUCCUGAGAGGUUAAAAGUAUCUUCCAAGAGUUCUAGGGAUUUCUGUCAUCAGCUGCUCUGGUCUGUAUGCAGCUACUGCCCCAUGUGGUGAGCUCCUGAACUGCAUGUUGCCCAUAUGCCUAAGCAUCUUGGUAUCCUCAGGCCUUGUACUGACUGCCUAGCCAAGCUGGCCGUUGGACAGGAAGUAGUAUAAGAGGUCUUCCUGUCCAAGUUAACCCUUGCUUGAGCAGCAAGUAUUCCUGAGCUCUGUCGUGUUUCUGUGUCCUUUGGCUGCCCUUCAGCCCUGACACCAAGCUGGUUCCUCAAUCUUGCCUCCUGGUUCGUUCUAACUACUGUACUAGUUUCAUUCCAUGGCACCUGGUUUACCUCAGAUUGUUGCACAUGGCCCUCACCUUGACGGCCUCAUCACAAAAUAUAGCAUAGGAAGCUACCGUACACACCAGGCAAAACUAUAUGCUCAUUUGUUGCCUACUCUGCCAAUAAUUCUCCAGGGCCUCUGGCAGAAGCCAUUUCAUAUCACCUGUUACUCAUCCUUUAAGCUGCAAAUGCCAGAGAUUGAACCUGGGAUUUUCUACAACUGAAUGGCAGUCCCUUGCCACAAGGAGCACCAGCAUCCCCAGAGUGAGGGCACUCGUCCCACACCCUCCAAGUGCCGCUGUUGUCCCCCUGAGUUGCAUUAGCAUUGCUAAGCACAGCCCAUCCAGCAAAUCCUAUGUGCAUUCUUCUGUCUCCUUUCCUGCUUCCCAGCUGCAUUCGCUAUUUUCAUGGUUUGACAUGGCCAGGUUUUAAAGGGCUUAAUCACUCGUUGGCACUUCUCUCAUGUUCACUUGAAACUCCAGCCCUGUGACGUGUUUUCAUUAGACUAACUAAAAUCACAUUUAUCAAGUACAUAUGCCGUCAGAAUAUCUUUACUUGAGAAAGGUUUUGGAAUAAAUUGGUCCCCAAGCACUCUGAAUUAACUGACUAAAGGCAAGUGGGAUCCCUGCUAUAUUUCUUGGAUAGCUACAAUGAAAUUUUGAAGCCCAAAAGGGCCUUUUAUAAUAUGAGCCAAUGGUCUUGGGAGUGUUUUCCCCAUAUUAAUGAAAAGUCUACAAAUGAGAAACAUACUGUUAACUCCCUUAUUUGCUUUAAUAGAAUUCAGUAUUUGACUGCAAACUGGGAUUUGUACAACUUCAGAAAUGUUUUGUUUUCUAUUAGAUAAAGUUAUUUUAAAUGUUGGCUACUAGCAGUAUAAUAUAACGCUAAAGUCUUUUGAUUAAUGUGAGCCUCACUCCCCAACUACAAGUAAUAAUAAUUUGACAAAUAUAGAUAAUUAUAAAUAUUAGUACUGAAUUACAAAACGGUUCAUACUUCAGUCAUCGGUGCCUCUGAAGCUGAUCUAGUAGCUACAAAUAUAAAGUAUGUCCAGUUGUACAAAUUUCUGAUUUGUAUAUCCCAAUACAUAUCCUUCCUUUGCCUACAAAGGUUUAUUUAACUGUCAGAGGUAUUUAGCACUUAUUAACAGUCUGCAUCUUCCUCAAAAUACCAAAUAUUCUAUGUGGUAUCUCAUUUGGCAAUUUUUAUUUUCAGUGAGCUAGAUCUACCUGAGUCAGAGUAGACCCACUGAAGUCAAUACACUACCAGUUUAAUUAAUGUUGUUUAUCAUCCAUUCUCAUGAUAUCAAGGGUACAUUGGGUGGAAUUCCACAUAGUGCCCUGCAUGUGUGCCUUGUUCCAUGCACACAACAACUUAGUUGAAUUCUGCCCUUUGUUAGCAGAUAACGAAGUCCUUAGGCUUAUACUCACCCACUUAAACAUCAACAAGCUUACUGGAAAAAAAUGAAUAAGGUCUUUAUCAGAAUGAAAAGGUGAGGGAAGAGGUUGAAGGCAACACUUUCUGCUAGAGUAUAAAAUGUUUUGAAAUCCCCUCUUUUUGAAAUGAGAUUAUGUGGAAUCCCAUCUAUUUCAUUUGAAGCUUCUAAGGUUUUAUGGAUGGAGAUAGUGGCAUUCAGAGUGCGGGAGAAUGAAAUUACAUCUUUCCUCCCACACAAGCCACCCAAUGUGCCUGCCCCACCUCUAAGGUCACCAGAAAGCUUGUCACUUCCCAAAUGCCAUGAAUCAUUAUGGCUGACUAUGUAAUUUUUUUAAAAUCUGCAAUAUUUCUGUCCCAAGUUUCAAAAAGUUCACCAAGUGGUUUGUAGAGUGGAGCUAACACCAAUUAAUAAAAACUUUUUGGAAACCAAAUAAUAACAUCGGAAAAGCAAGCAUCACAUUCCUAAGGUCACAAUUAAAAAUGUGUGUUUACCUACCUUUGGUAAGAAAACGUAAGAAGAAGAUAGAUGAAACUUCCAAGGAAAUGCAUUCCACUAUUCCAAUGCCUCCACAAAAAAGGUUGUAUUCCUGGAGGGUGACAAUUUUGCCUUCUAUGAAGAAGGAAUUGAUAGCAAAUUCUCAGUGACUGCCCUUAAGAUUCCUAGGAGUUCAUAUGGGGAAAGGAUUCUCCCUGCAUUUAGUCUUGCAGUUAUGAUAAAUAGGACCUUGAUUUAUCUUGUAAGCAAAGUUGUGAACAGUGUAGGUAUAAUAUGCCAGUUUCAAAGCUUUAUUUUUGCCAGUCCACACCCAGUAACAGAUAGAAAUCUUCUGUACAGUACUAAAUGUAUUCCAGACUGUCUUUCAGAUAAAAUGCACAUUACAAUACUCUAGUCUGGACAUCACUAGGACAUGAAUAGCAGUGGUGGCUUCUUGUUCAAGUUUGCAAGUCAAAAUUGCAGUAAUCACUUGAAUAAUGUAACACAUUAACAAACCACUUUAAAAUCCGAGAGAACAAAUGGCUUGAAGACUGCAGUUUUAAAACAGAGGUUUUAUGCAGAAUCUAUAUGUGUGUGUGUUGUACACACACAUCUGUAAAGUAUUUAUAUGCUUAACCUAUUUUAAACUGUAGUUUCUUAAUCCCUAUUUUGUCAUUCUGCCGGUACAUGAAAUGGUUAAAGAUUGCUCACAAGCUGGAGGGGAGGAGAUGAGAACCUAACCACCAGCUACCACCAUCCCUUCUUACCUUUUCAAAAUUUGUUCUUUUGAUCUCAUAGAAAAAUGAAACACAUCUAAUCAUAUGUACAUCUGAGGAUAAUUUCUUUAAGCCUGAAACCUGAUUUGUGCUGUACUCAUUAUGGUUAAGCACGCAACUCCUGAGUCAUGCCUGAUUCAUACCAGCACUAUGAUAAGGGUUCUCAGCCAAAUACCUAUUGACUUUCAGUAGCAAUUUCUCUUAGAGAUAAGAAAUGCACAGUAAUUUUGCAUGUGUACAUGGAACAUAAAAUCAUUCUUAUGAACAUUUCAGAAGUCAAUGAUUAACAGAAGGUACAAUUAACUUUGAGAAAAUGCAGAGGAACAAAAGAGGCUUCCACAUUUAGAAAAGACAUUCUUCUAACCAUUUUCAUCCUUUUCAGCCCCACCAUUUUGAGCUGUAUAGUAAAAUAUCACAUUUGUUGUCAUUUUAGUGAGAAAAAAUGCAUAACUUUGGGGGGGAAACCUGCAUGUAGUAAAAUUGCUUGAUCCACAUUACUUAGAGCAACAAAUUUCAAGUAAGCAGCAAUGAUAAAGAUGCAUUGAUCUAGCCCUUUAUUUCCCCAUUUCUCUGGAUUUUUAUAAGUAACUGCUACAGAAAUGGCCUCUUUCUUCACAACCAGGUUUACAUAGCCAGCGAAAUGGGAAAUGGUCUUCUUUUGGUCUCAAAAGGUUAAAGCUACCCUGAAAAUUAUACUUCUCUAAUAUCCACUCCCUUCACUCUAAACCUUGAUGUAGGGGCAACUAACUGGUGUGGUUACUUGUGGUGAUGGCAUAGCAUUUACUGUGAACCCUGGAAAACCACAGAUCAUAUUAAGCCGUAUCAGUACAUCCCGUUCAGGCAAAGCUGUGCACACUCCCCUGUUUGUGCCCAAUGCAUAGGUUGAUUAAAGAGCCCUAAACAGGCUACGCCCCUCUUCUCCAUUUAGCUGGAUGGUUCAGUAAUUGAUUUACUUAUUAACUUUUGCUUUGGAGUGUGCACACUAUAGGUUUGGGUUAUCAAAUUGUCAUUUCCUGUGGCUAAGUGAGUUUAACAGGUUAUACAUUAGCAAAAGAGGCAGCAGUAAGUUAUUGGCAGUUGGUCUCAAACACAAAUAUUUCCCACCAUUAUUCAUCAGCAUUUGACCAUCUUUUCAGCUCACAUGCUUCUAAAAUUAGAGUUUGCGUGCGUCUCUUAAAAUGAAGCGCAACACAAAGCCAGAAGUUAUGCUGAACAACAGCUUGAAGUUCCCUCCCCUAAGAAUGUAAGGCGGAUGGGGGGCAAAUGAGAUAUUAUUUUAAGGACUGCUGUUUUUGUCAAAAGCUUUAUACCAAUUUAGAAGUAAAUUGCUGGUGACAAAAGAUAGUGAAAUAAUCAAAUGAGAAGUGAAAAAUGUGAGCAAAGGAAUGUGAACAUGUUUUCAUUGCUCCACAAUGGAAGGAAAUAGGCAGUGACCAUAUUUCCUAAAGUGAGUCAGCUAAACCACUGGCAAUGUGUAGAACUUUCUAUGAAAUUUUCUAUGAACAUUUGACAGAGAUUUUUAUUUUGUACAAAAUGUUUGAGAUACAUAGAUAGAGAUAGAUGACAGAUAGAUAGAUGAUAGAUAGAUAGAUAGAUAGAUAGAUAGAUGAUAGAUAGAUAGAUAGAUAGAUAACUGACAUGAGAAUAUUAAAAAAGAAAAUGGCAAGUACCACCUGUUGAAAAAUUUAAUUGGGAGGGACCAAAAAGUUGGGGCACAGAAUGUGGUGACUGUGCUAAGAGCAAAGGCAGGUUAAAUCCCUGCCUAAAAGCUGUUUGGCAGGUAGCUGGAGGUGCUCAUCUUUCAAACAGCUGGCCUGUGUGAAGGCAGCCCUGUAUCGGGAAAUUUUUUAUGUCUGGUGUUUUACCGUUUUUUUUGUAUGUGCUGUAAGCCACCCAGAGUGGCUGGGGAAACCCAGCUAGACGGAAAGGUAUAAAUAAUAAAAUUAUUAUUAUUAUUUUGAAAGGUCUCCAUGAGCGCAGUCAGGCAAGUCAGUGCAAGAGGUGUGCCAGCCAUGUUGCCAAGUGCGUCAUAAAUGAUUCCUGCAACCAGCUGCCUUAAUAGGACAUUGCCAAGACGCACAUGCAAGCCUAGUAUUGCAAUUGUACUGAAAGCCACCACAAGCCUAAGUCUUGGGAAAGACAGGGAAAACGCCAGAAGGCAACAGUUUGGCAGCAACAUCAUCUGAAUAUAUGAACUAUGUCACUUCCAGAGAAAAUAGCAGAGGAAGCGUCCUCAGGACUCUUCAUCUCAGUGCUAGGAGAUUCUUUUAACCACCGACCUUCAGAGCAGAUUUCAGUAACAUUUCUCAGAUGGAGGAUAUCUCCUCGUUCAGCCUCAUGCUAUUUCCUGUGAAAACCAAAACCUACAAAAAUCCCAGCUGAGAUGUAAUAGAAAUCUGAAUAUUUCAGUGAUAAUGUGCUUGAAAUGCUGUACAACUAUGUGGGGUUUUGUCUGUUUUUCUGAUUAACGCCCUCCCCUGCUGUUUUGUUCCCCUCUUAGAUCGCCCUGGAUUAAUAAAUGUGAAGCCCAUUGAAGAUAUCCAAGACAAUUUGCUGCAAGCUUUAGAACUCCAGUUGAAGCUGAAUCACCCAGAGUCAUCACAGCUGUUUGCAAAAUUGCUGCAGAAAAUGACAGACCUCAGACAGAUUGUAACAGAACAUGUGCAGCUGUUGCAAAUUAUAAAGAAAACGGAGACAGAUAUGAGCCUUCAUCCACUCCUACAAGAGAUUUACAAAGACUUGUAUUAAGGGAUGUAGAAUUUCUAAUCCAUUGACAUGAUGUACGUUGUUCAAAUUGCACUACUUCUUUGAGAGGGAAAAAUAUUACAUACUUAAGAAAUUACUGUGAAGAAAAAGCAUUUUAAAAAGAGAGGCAGAGCUUUUACUAUUAUAGAUCUAUUUUAUGCCUAUUGUUUAUAAAGACAC